GAGUGAACUGGAAGUGUUUUCCCUCUAGUUUGUAGUGGAGCGGCCGUUAAAGAAAAAAAGAAAGGAAAAAAGGCAAAAGGCAGCAGAGUCUUGGGAAGAGCAAGAGCACCAAGUUGGCUAGUGUUGGAAGCUCCCUUCGGUACGGGUUGUGGAAAACGGGGAGCAACAUUUGGCUGCCAAGCAAACUACACAAAGUGCAAAGGUGUGCGCGCGCGCGAUUUGAUGCUGAAUCGUUUCGGUGCAGAAGGUGCAGACGGCAUCGUGUUGAAAGUGCGCUCGUGCAAGUGAUUGGCUGGUGAAUUUUGGUGCGAAUUUCUAAGAAUCUUUGAAACAGUGCCGUUCACCCGUUCGAGCGAAAGGAAACGAUUUUCUUCCGAGUUGUGUGGAAAAGUGAUUACACGAUUCUGAUCAAAACAGCAGGUGAAGCGUAAGGUGCCCAGUGUCAAAGUGCCCCUGUGUGAGCUCGAAAAGCCAUUAGGCAAGCGGAUCGUGAAGCGUUAGCGUGUGCGUUUAAAGUUUGCUCGACGCUACUCUCGAGGUAUUGCGGCAUUGGAAAGUUGGAACACACAUAGCGCUGUCGAGCAGGCAGGAUCGAUUCGAUCGCUUUUUCUUUUCGCGGAUACUGUGCCGUUUUGUGGAUACAAUAUCGCCGUUGACUGGGCAGCUGCGGUAAAGCGUUUCGUGACCAGGAAGGAGGCAACGAAUCAAACGAAUCAUCCCGGUUUCCUUCCCGUGUUGCCUUCGUUGAUGGCAACGAGCAGCCAUGGUGAAAAAUGAUGCAUACGCUUAGGAAACAUUCAUCAAUAUUGGCAAAAAUGAAAAUAUUUUUGCCACUAGUGGUGUGGAUAAUUCUACUAUUUCGAACGACAAACGCACAGCUCUCCGCGUCGCGCAAGCACGUGGGAAUAUUCGGUUUGAAGCACGAAGUAUUUUUUCUCAACCUCGAGGAUGGCUAUUUCGGUUGUCAAGUCAACGAAUCCACAGACUAUCUACAGCUUUACGAGCUGUCCAAACUUUGUGAUGGUACAUCGGAUUGCUACAUGGGCUCCGAUGAACUUAGAAAUAAGUUAAAGUGUACAAAUGAUUGUGAUAAAGAUGGCACAGCUUGCUCGAAUGGAGUGUGCUUAGACGGUCAAUGCCACUGCAAUGAUGGUUUUGGCGGCUGUAAUUGCCAAGUUCCGGAUGAAAACGAAUGUAAAUAUCGACCCUGUGACGUUUUCGCCCACUGUACGAACACCUUAGGCAGUUUCACCUGUACGUGCUUUCCUGGCUAUCAAGGCGAUGGUCUUCACUGCGAAGAUAUCGACGAGUGUCAGGAUCCAAACAUUGCCCAACGAUGUGUGGAAAAUGCCGAAUGUUGCAACUUACCAGCGCACUUUGUGUGCAAAUGCAAACCCGGCUUCGAGGGUGACGGUGAAGAACGGUGUGCAGAUGUCAACGAAUGCUUGGAUCCGCAAGCUUGUGGCCUGAACGCGGAAUGCGUCAACCUGCCCGGCAACUACACGUGUCAGUGCCGGGAAGGGUAUUAUGGCGAUCCGUACAACGGGUGCAUCGAUGUGGACGAGUGCGUUCAGCCCGGCGUUUGCGGACCAGGUGCCAUAUGUACGAACCUUGAGGGUGGUUAUCGCUGCGACUGCCCGCAAGGAUUCGAUGGAGAUGCACGCUCGGCUCAGGGUUGUCUCGAUUACGACGAGUGCGCACGUUCGCCGUGCGGCCGGAAUGCGCUGUGCCGAAAUGAGGUGGGCAGUUUCAGGUGCGAAUGUCAGCAGGGCUUUUCCGGUGAUCCGAUGACGGACUGUCAAGACGUGGACGAGUGUUCCGGUAAUCCGUGUGCGGACGGUGCGAUAUGCAUCAAUUCGCCCGGGGGCUAUCGGUGCAAGUGUCCGCCGGGAUUGAUGGUUACGGACGACGGCCACUGUACGGACAUCAACGAAUGCGCUAAAGCGAACGCUUGCGGAGAGAACGCGAAAUGCAUCAACUUUCCCGGAUCCUACAAGUGCUUGUGUCCGCAGGGAUACGAGGGACGCGGUGAAUUGUUCUGCAAAAAUGUAAACGAAUGCCUUGAUAAUCCAUGCGGGGAAAAUGCGAUAUGCACGGACACGGUGGGAAGCUUUAUUUGUUCAUGCAAACCAGAAUACACCGGCGACCCCUUCCGGGGCUGCGUAGAUAUAGACGAAUGCAGUGCGUACGAGAAGCCGUGCGGUGAGCACGCGGUGUGCGAGAACGCCUCGCCCGGGUAUAAUUGUCUCUGCCCGCAAGGAUAUGUGGGUCGGCCGAAUGCGAAGGUGGCCUGCGAACAGGCCGACGUCAAUGUGCUCUGCACGAGUGCCUUCGACUGUACCAACAACGCGGAGUGUAUCGAGGGUCAGUGUUUCUGUCAGGAUGGGUUCGAACCGCAAGGAUCGGUGUGUGUUGAUAUCGAUGAGUGUCGCGGUGGCGUGCGGUUCGGCAAAGGGUCCGGUGCGGGAGUUUGUGGACCGUCGGCGGUGUGCGUUAACAUACCGGGCUCGUACCGGUGCGAGUGUGAGGCGGGCUUCAUCGGUACACCGCCCCGAGUGCCCUGCAAACCACCCUGUGCCGAUGUAAAGUGUGGCAAGAAUGCGUACUGCAAGGCGGAAGGUCAGGAAGCGUUCUGUAUCUGCGACGAAGGUUGGACGUUCAACCCAUCGGACAUUGCGGCGGGAUGCGUCGACAUCGACGAGUGCGAUCCGGCACAGGGACCGAACGGGCGCUGUGGUUUGAACGCGAUCUGCACCAACCACCCCGGCAGCUACAGUUGCACGUGUCCACCUGGGUUUACCGGUGAGGCGACGCGACAGUGCCAGGAUGUGGACGAGUGUGCCCGACCCGGUGCGUGCGGGGUGAACGCGCUCUGCAAGAACCUCGAGGGAUCGCAUCAGUGCAGCUGUCCGGCGGGUUCGAUUGCCGAUCCGGACCCAAGCGUACGCUGCAUCAGCAUUGUCGCCUGCUCGAAAGACGCGGACUGCCCCGGCAAUGCGGUGUGUGACCAGCAAAAGCGCUGCCUUUGUCCGGAACCUAACGUGGGCAAUGACUGUCGGCAUCCGUGCGAGAAGGUUACGUGUGGUCCGAACGCUCACUGUAUGCUAGUGCCGGGCGGAGGAGCACAGUGUCUGUGCAGUGAGGGAUAUACGGGCCAACCGGGCCAGUGUGUGGACAUUAACGAGUGUGGAGCAAACCCCUGUCCGAGCGGGGCCGUCUGUACGAACCUUCCCGGAGGUUACACCUGCCAGUGUCCCGGCGGAAGUUCGGGCGAUCCGUACUCGGGUGGCUGCUCGAAGUCGGCCCUCAACGCCUGCGGUGAGAACAAUCCCUGUCCGGCAGGGGAGAAGUGUAUUCUUGACGCGUACAGUGGCAACAGCGUGUGCAUCUGUGGUCAGGGCUACAAGCGAGAUGCGAAGGGAAGUUGUCGCGAUGUGGACGAGUGUGCCGACAGUGCGAAGGCGGCCUGUGGUGUGAACGCUAUCUGCAAGAACCUGCCAGGCAGCUACGAGUGUCAGUGCCCGGCCGGAUUCAACGGAAAUCCCUACCAGUCGUGCGAUGAAUGCCACAGCGCAGACUGUCGCUGUGCUGCUCCGUACAAGCUAAUGGACGGAAACUGCGUGCUCGAUAGCUGUUCACCGGACGGAAAGUGUCCGGGUGGUGCCGAAUGUAUCUCGAUUACCGGCGGCGUCAGCUACUGUGCCUGUCCGAAAGGUUUCCGUACGCUCGCGAAUGGCCACUGCGAAGAUAUCGACGAGUGUGGCGAAGGGCAGCAGGUGUGCGGUUAUGACGCGAUCUGUUUGAACACUAUUGGCGGCUUCGAGUGCAAAUGUCCGCUCGGGUACUCCGGUGAUCCGUACCAUGGGCUGUGUACGCUCGCCCAGAAACGUUGUGCGGCCGAUCGUGAAUGUGGAGCGAACGAACGGUGUGUCCAACCCGGGGAAUGUGUGUGCCCACCGCCGUACUACAUGGAUGCGUACGAUGGAAACCGUUGUAAGAGCCCUUGCGAGCGGUUUCCGUGUGGAAUGAAUGCGCGCUGCACUCCAUCGGAUCCGCCCCAGUGCAUGUGCGAGGUCGGUUUCAAGGGAGACCCUCUGACGGGAUGCAUCGAUGAGGACGAGUGUGCCAACAGUCCUUGUGCGUACGGUGCGCAGUGCGUGAACCAGCGCGGCGGCUACAAGUGCAUCUGUCCACCGGGAAUGGUGGGCGACGCGUACAAAGGAGGCUGCAUAUUGGAGCAAGGCUCUGUGAAGAGUCAGUGCCGGAGAAACGAAGACUGCGCGGAUACGUUAGCUUGCGAGCGAGGUACUUGUGUGAGCCCGUGCGCAAGUCUGCUUUGCGGAACGAACGCGUUCUGCGAGCCGGAGAAGCAUGCGGCAUGGUGCCGUUGCCGUGCGGGCUUCGUCGAAGGACCCAGCGGGGAUUGCGUAUCUCAAUGUGAAGGCUACAUGUGCGGGCAGGGCGCAUUGUGUAUCGUGUCGAAUACUGGACCGACAUGCAAGUGUCCACCGGGCGAGAUGGGCAAUCCGUUCCCGGGUGGUUCCUGUACCACGGAUCAGUGCUCCAACAGCAGACCGUGCGCGGAUCCGCAAGUGUGCAUCAAUGGGCGCUGCAAGCAUAAGUGCGAUGGGGUAGUUUGCGGUGUUGGUGCAACCUGCGAUGUUGCCAGCGGAAAAUGCAUCUGCGAGCCGUACUUCGUCGGCAAUCCGGAACUUAUUUGUAUGCCACCCGUAUCAUCGCCUGCUUGUGAACCCUCGUGCGGGCAGAAUGCACACUGCGAGUAUGGCGUCAUCCAGAACGUGUGUGUCUGCAAUCCGGGAACGUCCGGAAACCCGUAUGGACUGUGCGAACCGCAGCAACGCAACAUGUGCAGUCGUAUGCGCUGUGGAGCGAAUGCAGAGUGUCGGGAGUCGCUCACCUCCGCGGAGUGCAUCUGUCCAGGCGGAUACAGUGGCAACCCCUACGUUGCCUGUCGAGAUGUGGACGAAUGUUCGGCGGCAGGUGUUUGUGGUGAGGGAGCAAUCUGUAUCAACUCGGCCGGUAGCUACGACUGCCGCUGUCGACCCGGGUACGGAGGCAAUCCGUUUGUAAUGUGCUCAGCUAUCGAAAAAAGUGUCUGCGACAAUCCGCGGCAGUGUCAAUGCCGCAAGAAUGUGCAAUGUCCGCCUGGAUAUAGCUGUCAGCGCGGUACCUGCAGAAACCUAUGCGCGAAUACAAACUGUGGUCCCCGUGCUGCCUGCGAUUCCGGUCGAUGCAUCUGUCCACCUGGGUACGCAGGUAAUGCAACGGAUCUCAACGCGGGAUGCGUUCUGGAGGGACAAUGCAACAGCGACGCCGAUUGUGAAAGCUCCAAAAUUUGUUUCCAAACAAGCAAGGGUCUUCGCCGUUGUGUGGAUGCCUGCAGUAAGGUCCAGUGUGGCCCGAAUGCGCUGUGCGUAUCCAACGACCAUCGCAGCACGUGUAUCUGCGCACCGAGCUAUGUCGGAAAUCCCGGAGAUCUUACGGUGGGAUGCCAGCAGGAAGCAAAGUUGGUAGCGGAAUGUAAAUCGGAUGGUGACUGCAAGUCGGGCCACGUGUGCACCGUUACGGAGAAUGGACUGCACGCCUGUGUCAAUCCGUGCAAUGCGGUCGAGUGUGGAGUUCACGAGUCGUGCACGGUUAAUGAGAUCAAUCAGCCGGUUUGUCACUGCCAGAAUGGCUACCGGUGGAAUCCGGUUUCGUCGAGCUGCGUUAAGCCGUCGAUCCCAGACUGCACCACCGAUGCGGAUUGCCAUCAGGUGGCGGCCUGCCGUCCGGAUGCUGUUGGCGUGCUAAAGUGUAUCGCCGUGUGCACAGAGUUCACUUGUCCACCGAACUCGGUGUGCGUGUCGUCGAACCAUCAAGGCAGCUGCCAGUGUCUGCCGGGCUUCACCGGCAAUCCAAACGACCGCAAUGGAUGUCGUCCGGAACAACAAAACACCUGUCUCACGAGUGCGGAGUGCGCGGAAUCGGAUGUGUGCGUAGUGCACGAGGGAGCGCUUUCUUGCCGUCCGGCAUGUGAAGGUGUUCAGUGUGGACCAUUUGCGCUGUGCAUCACCAACAAUCACAACGCACAGUGCCAGUGUCCACCGGGGUCAUACGCGGGUGAUCCGUACGAUCUAACCAAAGGCUGUCAGUCGGUGUCCUGCGUCUACAACCGGGACUGUCCCUCGAACCAGCUGUGCAAUCGCAUGACUCACAGCUGCGUCGAUGUUUGUCAGGAAGAUACGUGCGGUGAGAAUGCGGUGUGUAUCGCAGAAAACCAUCGUUCGGUGUGCCAGUGUCCGCCGGGCUAUCGCGCAAAUCCCAUUGCCGAUGUAGAAUGCGCACAGGUGCGAUCAUGCGAUCCGAAUCCUUGCCAUCCGUCGGCGUCCUGUGAAGCCGGUCCAGAUGGGUACGUCUGCAAAUGUCCCGUGGGACAGAUUGGCAAUCCGUUGACGGGUUGUCGCGAUGAAGGAGCUUGCCCGGGAGGGGACAGCGAGUGCCCAGAAGGAGCUGCCUGUGUCAGUGGAAGAUGCGUUGAUCCGUGUGUGAAUGCUUGUGGUAUAAAUUCACAGUGCGCCGUUGUUAACCGCGCCCCUGUCUGUAGCUGCAAGGCCAAAUAUGUCCCGGGCGCUACCGGAUCUGCUCGAGAUGGGUGUGUACGGUUAAGUAAUGGCUGUAUGAGCGAUCUCGACUGCAACGGUGACGUUUGUCAUGGUGGCCAGUGCAUGGUAGCUUGUCGCAACACCAAGGAUUGUUCAGCAGGGGAACGCUGCCUCAACAACAUUUGUGCGGUGCCCUGUUCUGCCCACAGUCAAUGUGCGGAAGGACAAGCGUGUGCCGGUGGCAUAUGUGCCAUUGGAUGUCGCAGUAGCCGGGACUGCAGUGGAACCACCGCCUGUAUUGAUUUCAAAUGCACGGACCCGUGCAAAGCGGACCGAAAUGCCUGUGGACCAAACGCGUUGUGCUCGAGUGUCGAUCACGUACCGCAAUGCUCAUGUCCAGCCGGGUUCGAGGGCAAUCCUUCGCCCGAGCAAGGUUGCGUGCGGAUGCCAGCCAACUGCGAAACAUCAGCACAGUGUGCGGCGGGUCAUAUGUGUAUCAGAAAUUUGUGCAGUCUACCUUGCACUGAAACAACGCCAUGCGCCAUUGGCGAGCGUUGCCACAAUAGCGUGUGUGCGAAGGUGUGCUACACCAACAACAACUGCUUGCCGGGAGAGGUUUGCAGCGAGGCCGGAGUUUGUGUGCCGGGAUGUGGAACCGAUGCUGACUGCCCUUCACAACGCGUCUGUCAGGGUGGAAAGUGUAAGUGCAUGAAGGGUUUCAUCGGCACUCCGUUCGGCUGCACCGAUAUCGACGAAUGUUCCGACGAACCGUGCCAUUCGACUGCCGUCUGUGAGAACAUCCCCGGUUCCUAUCGCUGCCAGUGUCCGGAAGGCGCUGUCGGAGACGCCUACGCGAACCCAGGCUGUCGGAAACCGAACCAGUGUCGUAAGGAUGCUGACUGUUCGGAUGAGUUGGCCUGCAUCGGUGGCAAAUGUCGCAGCCCGUGCAGCACCAAACAGUGCGGACUGAACGCGGAGUGUCAGGUAGCUGGACAUCAGGCGGAAUGCUUCUGUCCUGCCGGAUAUUUGGGCGACGCUACAGACCGAGAGACCGGAGUUGGAUGCUUCAAGGUGGAAUGUGUACAUAGCGAAGACUGCGGAGUGGAUCGUGCCUGCAGCGACGAAUCGAACCGGUGCAUCAAUCCAUGCGAACAGAUCAACUGUGGGCGAGGAACGUGCCAAAUCGUAGACCACGAAGCGACCUGCACCUGCUACCAAGGCUAUGCAUUCGUUAAUGGCAAAUGCGAAGACAUCGACGAGUGUACGGAAGCAAAGCCAGCGCCUUGCCACGAGAGUGCCGUGUGUGAGAAUCUGCCUGGCAACUAUCUUUGCUCCUGUCCGGUUGGUUUGGUAGGCGAUCCAGUCUCCGGCGGUUGUAAGCGAUCGGACGAAUGCAUCUCCAGCGAAGACUGUCCCAGCGGAGCGGUGUGUAUCGAUGCGCACUGCAAAAACCCCUGCGCCGAAGAGAAUGUGUGUGGUGAAAAUGCACUUUGCACUUUGGUUGGAGAACGUGCCACAUGUGAGUGUCCUCCAACGACUCGCGGUGAUCCGAAGGUAGCCUGCCGGAAGCUCGAGUGUACAACCGCGGAUGAGUGUACGGCAGACAGAACGUGCAUUGGGUAUCGCUGCAUCGAUCCAUGUUCGUUGAAGAGUGCGUGCGGCAGCAGUGCAAAUUGUGUCACUAAAAACCACCUGGCGAUCUGCUCGUGUCAGCCAGGAACGACUGGAAACCCUCUGCUGGGUUGCGUACCGCUCCAGUACUGCAACAGCGACCUGCAGUGUCCGACCAGCACGAAGUGUAGUGCUGGUGUGUGUUGCUCACUGUGUGCCACCAAUCGUGACUGUCUCGACGAUCAGCUCUGCAUACAGGGCGUUUGUCAACCGACCUGUCGUUCUAACACAACCUGCCCCGACUUUCAGUACUGCCACAACGGUAUCUGCACGAAGGAGUUCAAAUGCCGUGCGGACGACGAAUGCGACGCAGACGAGAUGUGUAUCACCGACUCGAGUGGACGCUCCGAGUGUCGAAAUGCGUGUAAUACGGGACGCGUGCUGUGUGGUCGCAAUGCUGACUGUGCUGCCCGCAAUCACGUGGCUGAGUGUGAGUGUAAGCAGGGAUUCUUCCGAGAUGCGGCCGGUAUUUGUCGCAAAGUGGAGUGUGCAAGCGACGAAGAUUGCUCUUCGGAUAAGGUGUGCGAUAACCAUGCGUGCAAGAUCGCCUGUCUGACGAGCGACACACCUUGCGGAGCUAAUGCGCUCUGUUCGGCCGAGAACCACCGGCAGGUGUGCUACUGUCAGCCGGGUUUCACCGGCGAUCCGAAGCGAGGUUGCUCGUUGAUAGAUUUCUGCAAAGAGCGGCCAUGUGCGCCGAAUGCCAAGUGUCGCAACAGUAGAGGCUCCUACCGAUGCUCCUGUCUGGCAGGUCUGGUCGGUGACCCCUAUCAGGGAGGCUGCAAGAAGGCAGCUGAAUGCGAGCGUGAUAGCGACUGUCCGGAUGCUGCCGAGUGUGUGCAGGAGAACGGUGAAUCGAAGUGUCGCGAUGUCUGUGCAAACGUCACUUGUGGUCCGAACGCUGAGUGUGCAGCCCGAAAGCAUAACGCCGACUGUAAAUGCCGGCCACGGUUCGAAGGUAAUCCGAAGGAUCUUACCAACGGCUGUAAGGCAAAACCCCAGUCUUGCAAGCGCAACAAUGAUUGCCCGGAAAACUCGUACUGUCAUGGACAGAUCUGCAAACCGGCCUGCUCUGAAACGGACGAAUGUAACCAGGACGAGGUAUGCUCGAACGGACAAUGCAUUAACCCAUGUCACGAAGUAAACGCAUGCGGUAUGAAUGCCGAAUGUUUGAUGGGUGCUCACACGAAACAGUGCUCCUGUCCAGCAGGUUUCACUGGAGAUGCGGCCGUCGAAUGUGUGCGAGUUCCGAUUUCGUGCGCAUCCAACGCAGACUGUGUGGAUGGAAGCAUCUGCAAAGAAUCCAUGUGUUUGCCACGUUGCAGGAACGAUCAGGAAUGUGCACUGAACGAAAAAUGUCUGCAGGGCAGUUGUAUGCUGACCUGUCGUCUCGAUAACGAUUGCUUCUUAGGCCACAUCUGUCUAACCGGCCGUUGCGUUUACGGAUGUCACGCCGAUAGUGACUGCAGUGCAAGUGAGACCUGUCGCGACAAUCGUUGCGUCAACCCCUGCUCGGAAAAUCCUUGCGGACCGAACGCUGCGUGUACGGUGGUUAACCAUCGGGCUAGCUGUUCCUGCUUCAACGGCAUGGUACCAAGUCCGACGGCAAAGGUAGGCUGUGUCCGUGCCCCGGCUCUACAGUGUACGGAGAAUCGUGACUGCGUGGACGGUACAUCCUGCAUCGAGCGGCUGUGCCGCCCGGUGUGUGGCAAUGAUCAAGGGUGCCUGAACAACGAACGCUGCGACGGUGGGUCGUGUAAACCGAUUUGCCGCAAGGAUGACGAUUGUCGCACGGGUGAAAUCUGUCAAGGGCAGACGUGUAUGAUUGGAUGCCGAUCGGACGGUGGAUGCUCCGAUCAGCUGGCCUGUGUUGGACAGCAGUGUGUAGACCCGUGCCAGGAACCGACCGCUUGUGGAACAAACGCCCAGUGUGUGGUCGUAUCGCACAGGAAGCAGUGCAGCUGCCCGGGCGGGCUAGUCGGCGAUCCGUUCAACUUGGGCUGCCGUCAGGAGACGCACCUCUGUCAAACACGCACCGACUGCCCGAAAGGACAGGCCUGCUACGGUGGUACGUGUAUGCAAACGUGUCGCAACGAUCAGAACUGCUUGGCGGAUGAGCGAUGCGUACGGGGAACAUGCCGAACUGUGUGCAAUAGUGAUGCCGCUUGUGGUAACGGACUUAUCUGCGAGGGGCGCAUUUGUCAGGCAGGUUGCCGAUCGGACAACCAGUGUGCCACAAAUCAGGCCUGCAUCAACAAGAAGUGCACGGAUCCGUGUGGAACGCUGGGACAGUGCGGUUCCUGCUCGGAGUGUACGGUGAUUGAUCAUGGAGUGCAGUGCAGCUGUCCCCAUGGUUAUCUUGGCAAUCCGCUACUUUCGUGUAGUCCACCGGCAGAGAAAUGUAACGCUCAGUGUAGUUGCGACGAAGAUGGCAUGUACUGCGUGAAGAACUGUCGCCAGGCGAAAGACUGUGGCUGCGGACAAACGUGUCAACGCGGCAAAUGCCGCGCCAAGUGCAAUCCGGGCAACUGCCCAGCGGGAUUACUGUGCCAGAACGGUGCCUGUGUAGCAGGUUGCCGUACAAGUGCCGAUUGUCCCAGCGAGCGGUCCUGCACGAAUGGAAAGUGUGUGGAUCCGUGCGCCGAUGGCAAAGCCUGUGGCAAGAAUGCCCUCUGCCAGGUGUCCGACCAUCGGUCCCUGUGCCUGUGUCCGGAUGGUUUCCAGGGUGAUCCGUCGGUCGGUUGUGCACAGUAUGAAUGUCAAACCAACGAUGACUGUGAGCUGGACAAGAAAUGUGCGAGCGGCAAGUGCAUCAACCCUUGUCUGAUACCGGGCGCCUGUGGCUUGAACGCGCAAUGUCGGGUCGUGAACCGACAGGCGCAGUGUAGCUGCACGCCCGGCUUUUUCGGCAACGCGCGUCAGGAGUGUCAACCGGUGCAAAAGAAUAGCUGUGCUCAGAAUCCCUGCGGCGAUAAUACCGUGUGCCGGGAGGAUGAGCACGGUUACGAGUGCUCCUGUCAGCCUGGCUGCGUGGGUGACCCGCGGCAGGGCUGUUUGUGCGAGGGAAAGCUCAAGAAGGACGAUUGCGAACAGUACGCCUGUGGUACGAACGCGGUCUGCCGCAUGACGGAAUGGGGCGCACCGUCCUGUGUCUGUUUGCCGACACAUCCGCACGGCGAUCCGUACAUGUCGUGCACUCAAGACGAUACUGCGAUCGACUGCCGUACGACCGGAUGCGUAGAAGGCGAGUGUGUACGUGAUGGUGCGAAGUUUAUCUGUCGCAAAGAACUAGGAUGUAGACAUAGCAACGAGUGUCCUUUGGAAAGAUCGUGCAUCAACGGUAUUUGCGUUGAUCCAUGCCGAUCUGGCAAUCCUUGUGAUGUUGGCGAAGAAUGCGAAGUGCAAAAUCAUGAAACAGUCUGUGAUACCGACCGUACAACUGGUUGUGAGCAUUGUCCGCCUGGCAUUCCAUGUGACCCUAUUACUGGAGGUUGCGUCAAGGUACAAUGCACCACAAACGAUGAAUGUUCACUUACGGAAGCCUGUGUUGGAAACGUGUGCCAUAGACCGUGUGAUGUAAAGAAUCCAUGUACGACAAAUGCGGUUUGCAUCAAUACUAACCACGGUACUGACUGCAGCUGCAUCGACGGGUAUCAUGGCAACGGGUUUGUGCAAUGCAUACCAGUUGGUUCGGUUUGCCAAUACAAUGAAGAUUGUCCGCCGGAUAAGCUAUGCGACCGAUUGAACCGUGUCUGUAUUAAUCCAUGCCAGAGCGAUUCCUGUGGCGAUAACGCAGAUUGCUAUCCGGUGAAUCAUGGAAUCGAUUGUCGCUGCCGACCAGGUUACGCUGGUAAUGCUUACAUUGAAUGUACACAGCCUCAAGGAUGCCUAUCCGAUCGACAGUGCAACGAUAACGAGGCAUGCGUUAAUGGGCGUUGUGCAUCACCUUGCCAAUGUGGACCGAAUGCUAUGUGCGAUGUGAAGAAGCAUAAGGCCAUUUGCCGUUGCCCACCAGGCUACGGUGGUAAUGCACGCAUAGGAUGCAAUCCACCAAGCAACCCAUGUGAUCCAAACCCAUGCGGAAUCAAUGCAAUGUGUGAAGUAGACAAUGGCAACCCUGUGUGCUUCUGCCCGCGUGGAUUAACCGGAAAUCCCUUCAAGAAUUGCAUUCCCGAAGGUGACGAUUGCACUCCGAAUCCAUGCGGUCCCAACUCGGGAUGCCGAAAAAUUAACGGUAAAGCGACGUGUUUCUGUUUGCCAGAGUUUGAAGGAAAUCCCCCACAGACACCAUGCACAUUGCCACAAAAUCCAUGUGUUCCGUCACCGUGUGGGCCGAACACGCAGUGCACAAUACUAAGCAACGGUUAUGCAAAAUGUACUUGUGUGCCAGGUUACAUCGAAAGUCCCAAUACGAUUCGUGGUUGUGUAGAACCUUCGACUCCAUGCGAUCCGAAUCCCUGCGGUUUUGGAGCAAUAUGUGAUGCUACGCGAAACCCCGUUUGCUACUGUCCAGACUCGAUGAUCGGCAACCCGUAUCGUAGCUGUUUCGAACCGGUUAUGACACCGGAACUAUGUCAACCGGGACCAUGCGGUGCGAAUGCCGAUUGUUACGUCGCGGAAGGCAGAGAACAGUGUUACUGCAAACCGAACUUUAUUGGAGAUCCUUACGGCGGAUGCGUGGAGCAGCCAAGAUCAGUGUGCGAACCAAACCCUUGCGCUCCUGGUGCAGAGUGUGUACUGCUGGUGGAUGGUUCUCCGGGAUGCCGAUGCCCGCCAGGGUUGAGUGGAGAUCCAACGACAACCGGUUGCCAUGCCUUCGAAUGUCUGAACGACGACCAAUGUGCCACAGAUAAGGCUUGUAUCGGACUUCGGUGUUCGGACCCGUGCCCGGGAUCAUGCGGUACGGGAGCUCACUGUCGUGUAGAGAAGCAUCAUCCGGUAUGUUUCUGUGACACUGGUUUGACAGGUAAUCCCGCCAUUCAAUGCUACAGCUUAGAUGAACGGCCUCGAGACGCUUGUAAUCCUAGCCCGUGUGGUGCAAAUGCUCGAUGCACGAUGAGAAACAAACGCCCGGUCUGUAAGUGCUUGACAAACUACCAAGGUGAUCCACGGAAAGGUUGCAAACCGGAAUGUGACAUUAAUUCUGACUGUACACCCGACAAGUCUUGCGUCAAUCACAAGUGUGUUUCGCCUUGUGCAUUAGGAACGGUUUGCGGUGUGAAUGCGGAAUGCAGUGUUAAUUACCACACACCAAUGUGUAAAUGUCCUUCCGGUUACACCGGAGAUGCUUUCGUUCAAUGUGUGCCGAUACCAGAGGACAGAAACAUGACGAGACAACCGUGCUUGUCGGAUCCGUGUGGUCCUGGAGAAAUAUGCUCGAUCUACGGGAACGAUGUAGCACUGUGCGAUCCGUGCGUGGCCCCGGACGCAAUUCACAAUCCCCGAUGUCGACCACAAUGUGUGUUGAACACAGAUUGUCCAUUCAAUAUGGCCUGUCUGCAGUCACAGUGUCAAGAUCCGUGCCCAGGAUCGUGUGGCUAUAACGCUCUCUGCACCGUGGAACGCCAUCGACCCGUUUGCUAUUGUCCACCGAACAUGCAAGGAAACCCUUACGAGCAGUGUAAACCACAGGAAAGUCCACGGGAAACGUGCGAUAGCAUACGGUGCGGUGCAAACACACAAUGCAAACAGCAGAACGGAGUUUUAGCAUGUGUGUGUAAGAAAAAUUACUACGGAGACCCGUUAGUAGGCUGCCGGCCGGAAUGUGUGCUGAACACGGAUUGUCCGAUCAGUAAGGCGUGCGUAAAUUCGCGCUGCGUUGAUCCGUGUGUUGAUGCAUGUGGUGUGAACGCGCAAUGCAAGGUUGUCAAUCAUUUGCCAAUAUGUUACUGUCCGCCCACGCACACCGGCGAUGCACUGGUCGCGUGUACGGAACGCACCUAUCUUCCGCCGGAUAAUACGCCCUGUGAUCCCAAUCCGUGUGGUCCGAACAGCAAAUGUCGCUCUACACCGGAUGGUUAUGCCAUCUGUUCGUGCUUACCGGGAUACCGUGGAGUGCCGCCCGCCUGCCAGGCAGAAUGUAUGAUCAAUGCAGAGUGUCCGCAGAAUAAAGCAUGCAUCAACCUGAAAUGUGCCGAUCCAUGCCCGGGUACGUGCGGUGUCGGUGCACGGUGUGAGGUGCUAAACCAUAAUCCGAUAUGUAGCUGCGGUGCCAACCAGCAGGGUGAUCCGUUCGUGAUAUGUGAAUCUCGCCAGAAUGAACCACCGAAGGAGCAAAGAAACCCUUGCGAUCCAUCACCAUGCGGACCAAACUCACUGUGUCAAGUACGCGGCCGGCGACCGGUGUGCUCGUGUCAACCGAACUUCAUUGGGUCUCCGCCCGCCUGCCGACCGGAGUGUGUGCUAAGUUCGGAAUGUCCCCAGGACAAAGCGUGCAUUAACGAAAAGUGCCAGAAUCCGUGUGCAAACGCAUGCGGAGCGAAUGCUGACUGUCAUAUUGUGGCGCAUUCGGCGUUCUGCAGCUGUCGUGCAGGGUUUGAAGGAGAUGCAUUCAUCGGUUGCUCCGCUGUUCCGAAGGACACGCCCAGGGACGUUUGCUAUCCGAACCCGUGUGCAGAAAACGCAAUAUGCAGUGAGCAUAACGGUGCUGCAAAGUGUACAUGCAUUACACCAUAUCUGGGAGAUCCGUACAAUACGGGAUGUAGGCCGGAGUGUGUUUUGAAUUCUGACUGCCCAAGCCAUACGGCGUGCGUCAAUCAACAUUGCCGCGAUCCGUGUCCGGGUGUGUGUGGUACGAAUGCGGAUUGCACCGUAGCUAACCAUAUACCAGUGUGCGAAUGUAGCCGUGGAUACGUGGGCGAUCCAUUCCGCGGCUGUCGUAAGGAUAUUCCACCACCGGUGGCACCAAAAGAUCCAUGCGCUUCCUGCCCAUCGAACAGUGUGUGCCGCGUGGUGGGAGGACGGCCAACAUGCUCCUGCGCCGAGGGAUACCGUGGAACACCACCGGCAUGCAGACCGGAAUGUUCUAGUAACGAGGAAUGUCCCCACGAUCGUAGCUGCAUUAACUUAAAAUGCAAAGAUCCUUGCCCAGGAUUGUGUGGCAUCAAUGCGCAGUGUCAAGUUAUCAACCACAAACCGUUUUGCAGCUGCCAGCGUGACAUGAUCGGCAAUCCAUUCGAACAGUGCUAUCCGAAACCAGCGGAACCGGUGCAUCCUUGCCAGCCCAGCCCAUGUGGAGCGUACUCUGAGUGUCGUGAAAUUGAUAACCGUGCGGUCUGCACAUGUGCGGCCGGCAUGCUGGGUGCUCCCCCGAACUGCAGACCGGAGUGCGAAACGGAUCAGGAUUGCCCAUCAAAUCGUGCGUGCUUCAACCAGAAGUGUCGCGAUCCAUGCGUGGGUUCGUGUGGCUACAAUGCGGACUGUGUUGCCCGCAACCAUCGACCGGAAUGUUAUUGUGUUAAUGGUUUCGAAGGGGAUCCAUACAGUGCGAUUAAACGGGACGAAAUUAUUGAGCCAUGUAAUCCGUCGCCUUGCGGAUCGAAUGCGAUCUGCAAGGAUCGCAACGGAGCUGGUUCGUGUGCAUGUAUGCCCAAUUAUUUCGGUGAUCCAUACGUCAACUGCAGACCGGAAUGCGUUCAGAGUUCAGAAUGUCCGUCAACCAAGGCAUGCGUUAACAUGCGCUGUAUCGAUCCAUGCCUUGGUACAUGCGGUCCAAAUAGUGAAUGUCGUGUACAUAACCACUCGCCGUACUGUAGCUGUAGUCCCGGUUAUACAGGCAAUCCAUCACAGGCUUGCCGUCUUAUUAUUGUGGUAGAAAGUAAGAUAUCUGUCCAGACAAUCUACCUUCCCGCUCGUCAUCCGAUUGAUCCCUGUUCGCCGUCUCCAUGCGGACCGUACAGCAUAUGCAGGGUGCUAGACGGUCAUCCCGUUUGCUCGUGUCAAAUCAGUUGUUCCGGCGUUCCUCCCAACUGUCGUCCAGAGUGUCUUAUCAAUGCCGAAUGUCCGCGCGAUAGAACGUGCCUGAACCAGCGUUGUAUUGAUCCUUGCCCAGGUACAUGCGGCAUGAAUGCGCGGUGCCGUGUGGUGAACCACAAUCCUAUUUGCAGCUGUAACGCUGGAUUUACGGGUGACCCGUUUGUGCAGUGCUCACCAGAGCCAACACAACCUGUGUUGCAGGAAGAGUACAGGAAUCCAUGUCAACCAUCGCCGUGUGGAGUUAACUCUUUGUGCAAAGAGCACAACAAUCGUGCUGUUUGUUCGUGCCUGCCCAAUUACGUGGGCCGUCCACCAAACUGUAGGCCCGAAUGUACCGUAGAUUCCGAAUGUCCUAUGAAUUUGGCCUGCAUCAAUGAAAAAUGCGGCAAUCCUUGCCUUGGAUCGUGUGGAGUAAAUACCGAAUGCGUUGUAGUUGCUCACAAACCCUUAUGUAGCUGCUCGCCAGGCUACAGUGGGGAUCCUUUCGCUGGAUGCAGCAUCAUUCAGAAAACGCCCAUGCCAUGUAAUCCCAGCCCGUGUGGAGCGAAUGCAAUUUGCAAAGAACGCAAUGGGGCGGGAUCAUGCACCUGUGCACCGGAAUACUUUGGCGAUCCAUACGUUGGGUGUCGUCCAGAGUGUGUUAUGAAUAGCGAUUGUCCUAGAACUCGUGCCUGUAUUAAUAACAAAUGUCAAGAUCCGUGCCCUGGAACAUGCGGUGUUAAUGCUGAAUGUCACGUUGUAAAUCAUUCGCCGAGCUGCGUUUGCGUAGCCGGGUUCAUAGGAAACCCAUUCACCGAAUGUAGACCCCAGCCAGAAAGUAAGAAAUUCUAUGAGCCGAUAGUUCAACCUUGUCAACCGUCACCAUGUGGUCCGAACAGCAUUUGUCGCGUGUUGAACAACCAUGCUGUAUGCACUUGCCAGCAGAACUAUAUUGGUUCUCCGCCGAACUGUCGUCCGGAGUGUGUGGUCAGCUCAGAGUGCCCUCUGGACAAAUCGUGUGUUAAAACGAAAUGUACGGAUCCCUGUCCGGGGACGUGCGGUUUUAAUGCACGAUGUCAAGUAGUUAACCACAAUCCGAUAUGCAGUUGCAAGGCUGGUUUUACAGGAGAUCCUUUUGUGCGAUGUGUACCGGAAGAACGUCGUCCAGUCGUACAGGAAACACCUGCCGAUCCGUGUAUUCCUUCGCCAUGUGGACCGAAUUCUCAGUGCAAAGCGGUUGGUCAUACUGCCGCCUGCUCUUGUCUUCCAAACUACAUCGGUCGUGCGCCGAACUGUCGCCCUGAGUGCACUUCCAACUCGCAGUGCACACCAAUGAAAGCAUGUAUUAACGAGCGGUGCGGUGAUCCUUGCCCUGGAUCAUGUGGCUCAAAUGCGCUCUGCGCUGUACAAAACCAUCAGCCUAACUGUCGUUGUAUCGAAGGAUACGAAGGAGACCCAUACACUUCAUGUACGCUCGUAAUAAAAAUUAUAGACCCUUGCAAUCCUUCGCCGUGUGGGAUUAAUGCCGAUUGUAACGUACGCAACAAUGCCGGAUCGUGCACUUGUGUGCAGGAUUACUUCGGUGAUCCUUAUCACGAGUGCCGUCCCGAGUGUAUGCUCAGCUCGGAUUGUGCAAAUACGCGAGCGUGCUUGAACAACAAAUGCGUCGACCCAUGUCCGGGAAUGUGCGGUCUGAAUGCUGAGUGUUUCGUCAUGAACCAUUCACCUUCCUGCUCUUGUCUGCCCGGCUACACUGGCAACCCAUCACAAGCAUGUCGCGAGAUACCGAAACAACACACACCUAUCGAUCCGUGUCGUCCAUCGCCCUGCGGACCAUACAGUCAGUGUCGCAAUGUUAACGAUCACGCCGUCUGUUCGUGCCAAGCACAAUAUAUUGGUACUCCGCCGGCAUGCCGACCAGAGUGUACAGUUAGCUCUGAAUGUGCUCUGGACAAGGCUUGCAUUAAGCAAUCGUGCUUGGAUCCAUGCCCAGGAACAUGCGGUUUUAAUGCCCGUUGUACGGUGAUUAACCAUAAUCCCAUCUGUAGCUGUCCCUCCGGUUUCACGGGCGACCCGUUCGAGCGAUGCGUUCCGGAAGAAAGUAAGCCGAACUUCCCUUUCUAGUUAUAUCCUCCGGAACCAACGAAUCCCUGCGUUCCAUCGCCGUGCGGACCGAAUUCGCAAUGCAGGGCAGUCGGCAAUGUUCCGGCCUGUUCCUGUCUGCCCAACUAUGUUGGACGGGCACCGAACUGUCGCCCUGAGUGUACGAUCAAUGCGGAGUGCGCUGGUAAUCUUGCCUGCGUCAAUGAAAAGUGCGCCGAUCCUUGUCCGGGUUCGUGCGGCCCCAAUGCCGUGUGUCAUGUGAUCGAACACUCUCCUACCUGUUCCUGCCAAACCGGAUAUACGGGCGAUCCUUUCUCUGGAUGUACAGUUAUUCCUUUAACACCUGUUCGUGAAGAACCACGAAACCCAUGCAACCCAUCGCCCUGUGGAUCCAAUGCGGUAUGUAAGGAACGAAAUGGUGCUGGAUCAUGUACAUGUCUGCCAGACUACUUUGGCGAUCCGUACAGCGGCUGUCGACCUGAGUGUGUUACCAAUAGCGAUUGUCCUCGCGUGAGGGCCUGCGUAAACAAUAAAUGCGCCGAUCCUUGCCCUGGUGUUUGUGGCAUCGACGCCGAAUGCUACGUUGUUAAUCACUCUCCAAGUUGCGCUUGCCGACCGGGCUUUACCGGUGACCCUUUCACGCAAUGCCGUCUACCAGAGCAACCUAAACAAAAUGAACCGAUCAAUCCUUGCUCUCCGUCUCCAUGUGGUCCGAAUAGCAUAUGUCGCGAAUCGAACGGUCAUGCCGUGUGUACUUGCCAGGCAAGCUUUAUCGGUACGCCACCAAACUGCCGACCGGAGUGUAUUGUCAGUUCGGAGUGUCCUCUCGAUAAGGCUUGCAUCGGUCAAAAGUGCAACGAUCCAUGUCCUGGUACUUGCGGACAGAAUGCCCGUUGCCAAGUAGUGAAUCAUAAUCCGAUAUGUAGCUGCUCGCUUGGUUUCACCGGAGAUCCGUUCGUUCGAUGUGUGCCUGUUGAAACUCCGGUCGUACAAGAUCCAGUAGACCCAUGCGUUCCUUCACCUUGUGGACCAAACUCUGUCUGUCGCGCCAUUGGGUCGACACCUGCAUGUUCUUGUUUACCGAAUUAUAUCGGCCGAGCGCCAAACUGCCGUCCAGAGUGUAUGCUCAAUGCCGAGUGCCCUGCUACGUUGGCAUGUGUAAAUGAACGUUGUACUAAUCCAUGUGUGGGCUCUUGUGGUAUUAACGCACGAUGUACAGUAGUGAAACACAAUCCGAUCUGCGAAUGCGAGGCUGGAUUUACCGGAGAUCCUUUCUCUGUCUGUACAGAAAUAGUCACUACCAUACGUGACGAAGAACCAGUCAAUCCGUGCAAUCCAUCACCGUGCGGCGCUAAUGCGAUAUGCAAGGAAAGGAAUGGAGCUGGAUCAUGUACAUGUAUGCCAGAAUAUUUCGGAGAUCCUUAUACAGGAUGUCGUCCCGAAUGUGUGCAGAAUACCGAUUGCGAAAAGUCGAAGGCUUGCAUGAAUAAUAAAUGCCGAGAUCCAUGCCCGGGCGUGUGUGGGCUUAAUGCUGAAUGUGCAGUCCAAAACCACAGCCCAGUGUGCUACUGCUUGGAGGGAUAUACCGGCGAUCCGGCCAGUACCUGUACGCUGGCUGAGAUUGUAACGGAGCGGCCAAAGCUACCAGGCUGCCAACCGUCACCAUGUGGGCCAAACAGCCAGUGUAGAGAAAUCAACGGACAUCCGGUUUGCUCUUGUCUGGCAGGUUACAUCGGUACGCCACCGAUGUGUCGUCCGGAAUGCGUCGUUAGCUCGGAGUGCAGUCAGGAUCGAGCUUGCGUAAAUAAGAAAUGUGUUGAUCCGUGCCCGGGAACUUGUGGUACGGAGGCACGUUGUCAGGUGGUUAAUCAUAAUCCAAUAUGCAGCUGUCCUCCUGGAUUUACCGGCGAUCCGUUCAUACAGUGUGCAAAGAAGGAGGAACAAAAGGAUAUCACUCCUUUGAAUCCGUGUGUACCUUCACCAUGUGGACCGAACGCGAACUGUCGAACAGUCGGAAGCCAGCCUGCUUGUUCAUGCGCACCUAACUAUAUCGGAAGACCUCCAAAUUGCCGACCUGAAUGCACGAGAGACGCCGAGUGUCCAAGCAAUUUGGCAUGUCAAAACGAAAGAUGUCUUGAUCCCUGUGCAGCUGGAUGUGGUUUGAACGCGGUUUGUAGAGUAAUCAACCAUAAACCAGUCUGUACGUGUGAUGAAGGUUUCGAAGGAAAUCCGCUUGAACAAUGCAGUCGCAUUUUGCCGCCUACCACUGAGCGUCUAACGCCUUGCACACCUUCACCUUGCGGACCGAACGCUGAAUGUCGAGAGCGAAAUAAUGCUGGAGCUUGCUACUGUCUGGCUGGUUACGAAGGAAAUCCGUAUGAUGUAUUUUCGGGUUGUCGGCGUGAAUGUGACGUAAAUUCCGACUGCCCAGAUAAGCUAGCAUGUGUUCAGUAUAAGUGUGUUGAUCCCUGUCCAGGUGUUUGUGGCGCUCAAGCUUUGUGCGAAAUUCAUAAUCACGUUCCCACGUGUAUCUGCCCAGAAAACAUGGAAGGUGAUCCAUUCGUUCAAUGCAAUCUACGAAUGGCAGAUCCAAUAACGCCUGCUCCUCCUGUAUGUGAUAAAUUCACAUGUGGUCCGAAUAGCAUUUGUCGUAUCCAAAACGGUGUAGCCGUCUGCAAAUGCCAACCUGAUAUGGUUGGUAGUCCACCAAACUGUCGACCAGAAUGCCAACAAAACAGUGACUGUGAGGCGAACCGAGCUUGCGUCAACUUCAGGUGUAUAGAUCCAUGUCCUGGUUCGUGUGGCCAAAAUGCUAACUGCAACAUCAUCAAUCACAACCCAAUAUGUAGUUGUACACCCGGGUUUACCGGCGAUCCGUUCACUCGUUGCUAUAAAGAAAUCGUUACUAUCUCAACAACGGAGGCUCCACGAGCAUUAUGCACGCCAUCACCAUGUGGACCAAAUGCCGAGUGUAAAGUUGUUGGAGACAGGGAAGCUUGCUCAUGUCUACCUGGUUAUAUAGGAGCACCACCCAAUUGCAGACCGGAAUGCAUUUUAAGUACAGAAUGUGCUGACCAUCAAGCUUGUAUCAGACAAAAGUGUACCGAUCCGUGUCCUGGAUCAUGCGGGCUAAAUGCUAAAUGUUCCGUUUCACGUCAUACGCCGAGCUGCAGUUGUGAUGCUGGAUUUACUGGAGACCCAUUCACUGGAUGUCAAGCCGUUAUCGAAGAUGUACCUGUUAUAAAUCCCUGCAACCCCAGCCCAUGUGGAGCUAACGCUCAAUGUAGGGAACAAAACGGUGCCGGAUCAUGUACAUGUAUUGAGGAUUACUUUGGAAACCCCUACGAAGGAUGUCGUCCGGAAUGUGUGCUCAACUCGGACUGCCCAUCGAACAGGGCUUGUGUUAGGAAUAAAUGUCAAGAUCCUUGCCCAGGCACUUGUGGUCAGAAUGCUGACUGCCAGGUUGUGAACCAUCUGCCCUCAUGUACCUGUUUCCCUGGCUACGAAGGAGAUCCAUUCCGAUAUUGUAACAUCCAACAAAGAGAACCGGUAAAAGAGUACGUCAAUCCUUGCCAACCGAGUCCCUGUGGUCCCAACAGCCAAUGUCGAGAGGUCAAUGGACAGGCGGUCUGCUCGUGUCUACCCACUUAUGUCGGCUCUCCUCCGGGAUGUCGCCCUGAGUGUGUGGUGAGCUCUGAAUGUUCCUUAGAUAAGGCGUGUGUCAACCAGAAAUGUGUUGAUCCGUGCCCUGGAACAUGCGGAACCAAUGCUAGAUGCAACGUCAAUAAUCACAGUCCCAUUUGCUCAUGCCAAUCGGGAUACACAGGCGAUCCGUUCACGAGAUGUUACCCCAUACCACCUCCGGUACAAGAUACACCAAUCGUUGUGAGGAACCCAUGCGUUCCGUCUCCGUGCGGUCCUAACUCGCAGUGCCGUGAUGUAAACGGCUCUCCUUCAUGUUCAUGCUUGAUCAACUACAUCGGAUCUCCGCCGAAUUGUCGCCCCGAGUGCUCCAUUAACGCGGAAUGUCCGAGCAAUCAGGCAUGCAUGAACGAGAAGUGUCGAGACCCUUGUCCGGGAUCGUGUGGCAUCAAUGCCAGGUGUAAUGUGAUCAACCAUACUCCCAUUUGUACAUGCGAGGCAGGAUACACUGGAGAUCCUUUCACAAGUUGUCGACCCAUGCCUCCGCCACGUAAGAAUCUCUUCGCUUUCCUCUGGCUCCCAGAUCUUUGCAUAACGAAUCCCCUUCCUCCUACAGCGCCUGAGCCCGUCAAUGAUGAUCCGUGCAAUCCUUCGCCCUGUGGCGCAAAUGCGCAAUGCCAGAACGGUAUUUGCACAUGUUUGCCCGAGUACCAAGGCGAUCCGUACCGAGGCUGCAGGCCAGAGUGCGUAUUGAACUCGGACUGCGCUCGGGAUAGGGCCUGUAUUCGCAGCAAGUGUGUAGAUCCUUGUCCGGGCACUUGCGGUCAAGAUGCACUGUGCGAAGUGAUCAAUCACAUUCCGAUGUGCCGAUGUCCGGAUGGAAUGGCCGGAAACGCAUUUGUGCAGUGUCGGCCACAACAAGCUCCGGCUGUGACCAAUCCUUGCAGUCCAUCGCCCUGCGGCCCUAAUAGCCAGUGUCGCGAAAUCAACGGACAAGCCGUGUGCUCCUGUGUCCCAGGAUACAUUGGAAGCCCUCCGACAUGUCGUCCGGAAUGCGUUGUGAGUGCUGAGUGUCCUCAGACUCAAGCGUGUACCAACCAGAAAUGUAGGGACCCAUGUCUAGGAACAUGUGGCGUAGGAGCCCGGUGCUCGGUUGUGAAUCAUAAUCCAAUUUGUAGCUGCCCGGAACGAUACACGGGCGAUCCAUUCGUCCGCUGUCAGCCAAUGAUUGAGCCUCCAGUACAAAUGACCCCAACCAACCCUUGCCAACCUUCCCCUUGUGGACCAAAUGCACAAUGCCGUGCAGUAGGUGAUUCACCGUCUUGUACAUGUAUAGAAGGCAUGAUAGGUGCUCCGCCCAAUUGCCGUCCGGAAUGUGUCAGCAACUCUGAUUGCUCGAACAACUUGGCAUGCAUACGACAAAAGUGUCAAGAUCCAUGUCCAGGCGCCUGUGGAGUCAACGCGGAAUGUAGGGUUGUCAGCCACACACCUAUGUGCAUUUGUGCCGUCGCAUAUACAGGCGAUCCUUUCACACAAUGCGUGCCUUUCCAACAAGAUACGCCCAAAGAUCAAACGACUCCUUGCCUACCCAACCCAUGUGGAGCUAACGCUCAAUGUAGGGAACAAAACGGUGCCGGAUCAUGUACAUGUAUUGAGGAUCACUUUGGAAACCCCUACGAAGGAUGUCGUCCAGAAUGUGUGCUCAACUCGGACUGCCCAUCGAACAGGGCUUGUGUUAGGAAUAAAUGUCAAGAUCCUUGCCCAGGCACUUGUGGUCAGAAUGCUGACUGCCAGGUUGUGAACCAUCUGCCCUCAUGUACCUGUUUCCCUGGCUACGAAGGAGAUCCAUUCCGAUAUUGUAACAUCCAACAAAGAGAACUUAUCGCAGCGGUAAAAGAGUACGUCAAUCCUUGCCAACCGAGUCCCUGUGGUCCCAACAGCCAAUGUCGAGAGGUCAAUGGACAGGCGGUCUGCUCGUGUUUACCCACUUAUGUCGGCUCUCCUCCGGGAUGUCGUCCUGAGUGUGUGGUGAGCUCUGAAUGUUCCUUAGAUAAGGCGUGUGUCAACCAGAAAUGUGUUGAUCCGUGCCCUGGAACAUGCGGAACCAAUGCUAGGUGCAACGUCAAUAAUCACAGUCCCAUUUGCUCAUGCCAAUCGGGAUACACAGGCGAUCCGUUCACGAGAUGUUACCCCAUACCACCUCCGGUACAAGAUACACCAAUCGUUGUGAGGAACCCAUGCGUUCCGUCUCCGUGCGGUCCUAACUCGCAGUGCCGUGAUGUAAACGGCUCUCCUUCAUGUUCAUGCUUGAUCAACUACAUCGGAUCUCCGCCGAAUUGUCGCCCCGAGUGCUCCAUUAACGCGGAAUGUCCGAGCAAUCAGGCAUGCAUGAACGAGAAGUGUCGAGACCCUUGUCCGGGAUCGUGUGGCAUCAAUGCCAGGUGUAAUGUGAUCAACCAUACUCCCAUUUGUACAUGCGAGGCAGGAUACACUGGAGAUCCUUUCACAAGUUGUCGACCCAUGCCUCCGCCACCGCCUGAGCCCGUCAAUGAUGAUCCGUGCAAUCCUUCGCCCUGUGGCGCAAAUGCGCAAUGCCAGAACGGUAUUUGCACAUGUUUGCCCGAGUACCAAGGCGAUCCGUACCGAGGCUGCAGGCCAGAGUGCGUAUUGAACUCGGACUGCGCUCGGGAUAGGGCCUGUAUUCGCAGCAAGUGUGUAGAUCCUUGUCCGGGCACUUGCGGUCAAGAUGCACUGUGCGAAGUGAUCAAUCACAUUCCGAUGUGCCGAUGUCCGGAUGGAAUGGCCGGAAACGCAUUUGUGCAGUGUCGGCCACAACAAGCUCCGGCUGUGACCAAUCCUUGCAGUCCAUCGCCCUGCGGCCCUAAUAGCCAGUGUCGCGAAAUCAACGGACAAGCCGUGUGCUCCUGUGUCCCAGGAUACAUUGGAAGCCCUCCGACAUGUCGUCCGGAAUGCGUUGUGAGUGCUGAGUGUCCUCAGACUCAAGCGUGUACCAACCAGAAAUGUAGGGACCCAUGUCUAGGAACAUGUGGCGUAGGAGCCCGGUGCUCGGUUGUGAAUCAUAAUCCAAUUUGUAGCUGCCCGGAACGAUACACGGGCGAUCCAUUCGUCCGCUGUCAGCCAAUGAUUGAGCCUCCAGUACAAAUGACCCCAACCAACCCUUGCCAACCUUCCCCUUGUGGACCAAAUGCACAAUGCCGUGCAGUAGGUGAUUCACCGUCUUGUACAUGUAUAGAAGGCAUGAUAGGUGCUCCGCCCAAUUGCCGUCCGGAAUGUGUCAGCAACUCUGAUUGCUCGAACAACUUGGCAUGCAUACGACAAAAGUGUCAAGAUCCAUGUCCAGGCGCCUGUGGAGUCAACGCGGAAUGUAGGGUUGUCAGCCACACACCUAUGUGCAUUUGUGCCGUCGCAUAUACAGGCGAUCCUUUCACACAAUGCGUGCCUUUCCAACAAGAUACGCCCAAAGAUCAAACGACUCCUUGCCUACCCAACCCAUGUGGAGCUAACGCUCAAUGUAGGGAACAAAACGGUGCCGGAUCAUGUACAUGUAUUGAGGAUCACUUUGGAAACCCCUACGAAGGAUGUCGUCCAGAAUGUGUGCUCAACUCGGACUGCCCAUCGAACAGGGCUUGUGUUAGGAAUAAAUGUCAAGAUCCUUGCCCAGGCACUUGUGGUCAGAAUGCUGACUGUCAGGUUGUGAACCAUCUGCCCUCAUGUACCUGUUUCCCUGGCUACGAAGGAGAUCCAUUCCGAUAUUGUAACAUCCAACAAAGAGAACCGGUAAAAGAGUACGUCAAUCCUUGCCAACCGAGUCCCUGUGGUCCCAACAGCCAAUGUCGAGAGGUCAAUGGACAGGCGGUCUGCUCGUGUUUACCCACUUAUGUCGGCUCUCCUCCGGGAUGUCGCCCUGAGUGUGUGGUGAGCUCUGAAUGUUCCUUAGAUAAGGCGUGUGUCAACCAGAAAUGUGUUGAUCCGUGCCCUGGAACAUGCGGAACCAAUGCUAGGUGCAACGUCAAUAAUCACAGUCCCAUUUGCUCAUGCCAAUCGGGAUACACAGGCGAUCCGUUCACGAGAUGUUACCCCAUACCACCUCCGGUACAAGAUACACCAAUCGUUGUGAGGAACCCAUGCGUUCCGUCUCCGUGCGGUCCUAACUCGCAGUGCCGUGAUGUAAACGGCUCUCCUUCAUGUUCAUGCUUGAUCAACUACAUCGGAUCUCCGCCGAAUUGUCGCCCCGAGUGCUCCAUUAACGCGGAAUGUCCGAGCAAUCAGGCAUGCAUGAACGAGAAGUGUCGAGACCCUUGUCCGGGAUCGUGUGGCAUCAAUGCCAGGUGUAAUGUGAUCAACCAUACUCCCAUUUGUACAUGCGAGGCAGGAUACACUGGAGAUCCUUUCACAAGUUGUCGACCCAUGCCUCCGCCACCGCCUGAGCCCGUCAAUGAUGAUCCGUGCAAUCCUUCGCCCUGUGGCGCAAAUGCGCAAUGCCAGAACGGUAUUUGCACAUGUUUGCCCGAGUACCAAGGCGAUCCGUACCGAGGCUGCAGGCCAGAGUGCGUAUUGAACUCGGACUGCGCUCGGGAUAGGGCCUGUAUUCGCAGCAAGUGUGUAGAUCCAUGUCCGGGCACUUGCGGUCAAGAUGCACUGUGCGAAGUGAUCAAUCACAUUCCGAUGUGCCGAUGUCCGGAUGGAAUGGCCGGAAACGCAUUUGUGCAGUGUCGGCCACAACAAGCUCCGGCUGUGACCAAUCCUUGCAGUCCAUCGCCCUGCGGCCCUAAUAGCCAGUGUCGCGAAAUCAACGGACAAGCCGUGUGCUCCUGUGUCCCAGGAUACAUUGGAAGCCCUCCGACAUGUCGUCCGGAAUGCGUUGUGAGUGCUGAGUGUCCUCAGACUCAAGCGUGUACCAACCAGAAAUGUAGGGACCCAUGUCUAGGAACAUGUGGCGUAGGAGCCCGGUGCUCGGUUGUGAAUCAUAAUCCAAUUUGUAGCUGCCCGGAACGAUACACGGGCGAUCCAUUCGUCCGCUGUCAGCCAAUGAUACAAAUGACCCCAACCAACCCUUGCCAACCUUCCCCUUGUGGACCAAAUGCACAAUGCCGUGCAGUAGGUGAUUCACCGUCUUGUACAUGUAUAGAAGGCAUGAUAGGUGCUCCGCCCAAUUGCCGUCCGGAAUGUGUCAGCAACUCUGAUUGCUCGAACAACUUGGCAUGCAUACGACAAAAGUGUCAAGAUCCAUGUCCAGGCGCCUGUGGAGUCAACGCGGAAUGUAGGGUUGUCAGCCACACACCUAUGUGCAUUUGUGCCGUCGCAUAUACAGGCGAUCCUUUCACACAAUGCGUGCCUUUCCAACAAGAUACGCCCAAAGAUCAAACGACUCCUUGCCUACCCAACCCAUGUGGAGCUAACGCUCAAUGUAGGGAACAAAACGGUGCCGGAUCAUGUACAUGUAUUGAGGAUCACUUUGGAAACCCCUACGAAGGAUGUCGUCCAGAAUGUGUGCUCAACUCGGACUGCCCAUCGAACAGGGCUUGUGUUAGGAAUAAAUGUCAAGAUCCUUGCCCAGGCACUUGUGGUCAGAAUGCUGACUGCCAGGUUGUGAACCAUCUGCCCUCAUGUACCUGUUUCCCUGGCUACGAAGGAGAUCCAUUCCGAUAUUGUAACAUCCAACAAAGAGAACCGGUAAAAGAGUACGUCAAUCCUUGCCAACCGAGUCCCUGUGGUCCCAACAGCCAAUGUCGAGAGGUCAAUGGACAGGCGGUCUGCUCGUGUUUACCCACUUAUGUCGGCUCUCCUCCGGGAUGUCGUCCUGAGUGUGUGGUGAGCUCUGAAUGUUCCUUAGAUAAGGCGUGUGUCAACCAGAAAUGUGUUGAUCCGUGCCCUGGAACAUGCGGAACCAAUGCUAGGUGCAACGUCAAUAAUCACAGUCCCAUUUGCUCAUGCCAAUCGGGAUACACAGGCGAUCCGUUCACGAGAUGUUACCCCAUACCACCUCCGGUACAAGAUACACCAAUCGUUGUGAGGAACCCAUGCGUUCCGUCUCCGUGCGGUCCUAACUCGCAGUGCCGUGAUGUAAACGGCUCUCCUUCAUGUUCAUGCUUGAUCAACUACAUCGGAUCUCCGCCGAAUUGUCGCCCCGAGUGCUCCAUUAACGCGGAAUGUCCGAGCAAUCAGGCAUGCAUGAACGAGAAGUGUCGAGACCCUUGUCCGGGAUCGUGUGGCAUCAAUGCCAGGUGUAAUGUGAUCAACCAUACUCCCAUUUGUACAUGCGAGGCAGGAUACACUGGAGAUCCUUUCACAAGUUGUCGACCCAUGCCUCCGCCACGUAAGAAUCUCCUCGCUUUCCUCUGGCUCCCAGAACUUUGCAUAACGAAUCCCCUUCCUCCUGCAGCGCCUGAGCCCGUCAAUGAUGAUCCGUGCAAUCCUUCGCCCUGUGGCGCAAAUGCGCAAUGCCAGAACGGUAUUUGCACAUGUUUGCCCGAGUACCAAGGCGAUCCGUACCGAGGCUGCAGGCCAGAGUGCGUAUUGAACUCGGACUGCGCUCGGGAUAGGGCCUGUAUUCGCAGCAAGUGUGUAGAUCCUUGUCCGGGCACUUGCGGUCAAGAUGCACUGUGCGAAGUGAUCAAUCACAUUCCGAUGUGCCGAUGUCCGGAUGGAAUGGCCGGAAACGCAUUUGUGCAGUGUCGGCCACAACAAGCUCCGGCUGUGACCAAUCCUUGCAGUCCAUCGCCCUGCGGCCCUAAUAGCCAGUGUCGCGAAAUCAACGGACAAGCCGUGUGCUCCUGUGUCCCAGGAUACAUUGGAAGCCCUCCGACAUGUCGUCCGGAAUGCGUUGUGAGUGCUGAGUGUCCUCAGACUCAAGCGUGUACCAACCAGAAAUGUAGGGACCCAUGUCUAGGAACAUGUGGCGUAGGAGCCCGGUGCUCGGUUGUGAAUCAUAAUCCAAUUUGUAGCUGCCCGGAACGAUACACGGGCGAUCCAUUCGUCCGCUGUCAGCCAAUGAUUGAGCCUCCAGUACAAAUGACCCCAACCAACCCUUGCCAACCUUCCCCUUGUGGACCAAAUGCACAAUGCCGUGCAGUAGGUGAUUCACCGUCUUGUACAUGUAUAGAAGGCAUGAUAGGUGCUCCGCCCAAUUGCCGUCCGGAAUGUGUCAGCAACUCUGAUUGCUCGAACAACUUGGCAUGCAUACGACAAAAGUGUCAAGAUCCAUGUCCAGGCGCCUGUGGAGUCAACGCGGAAUGUAGGGUUGUCAGCCACACACCUAUGUGCAUUUGUGCCGUCGCAUAUACAGGCGAUCCUUUCACACAAUGCGUGCCUUUCCAACAAGAUACGCCCAAAGAUCAAACGACUCCUUGCCUACCCAACCCAUGUGGAGCUAACGCUCAAUGUAGGGAACAAAACGGUGCCGGAUCAUGUACAUGUAUUGAGGAUCACUUUGGAAACCCCUACGAAGGAUGUCGUCCAGAAUGUGUGCUCAACUCGGACUGCCCAUCGAACAGGGCUUGUGUUAGAAAUAAAUGUCAAGAUCCUUGCCCAGGCACUUGUGGUCAGAAUGCUGACUGCCAGGUUGUGAACCAUCUGCCCUCAUGUACCUGUUUCCCUGGCUACGAAGGAGAUCCAUUCCGAUAUUGUAACAUCCAACAAAGAGAACCGGUAAAAGAGUACGUCAAUCCUUGCCAACCGAGUCCCUGUGGUCCCAACAGCCAAUGUCGAGAGGUCAAUGGACAGGCGGUCUGCUCGUGUUUACCCACUUAUGUCGGCUCUCCUCCGGGAUGUCGCCCUGAGUGUGUGGUGAGCUCUGAAUGUUCCUUAGAUAAGGCGUGUGUCAACCAGAAAUGUGUUGAUCCGUGCCCUGGAACAUGCGGAACCAAUGCUAGGUGCAACGUCAAUAAUCACAGUCCCAUUUGCUCAUGCCAAUCGGGAUACACAGGCGAUCCGUUCACGAGAUGUUACCCCAUACCACCUCCGGUACAAGAUACACCAAUCGUUGUGAGGAACCCAUGCGUUCCGUCUCCGUGCGGUCCUAACUCGCAGUGCCGUGAUGUAAACGGCUCUCCUUCAUGUUCAUGCUUGAUCAACUACAUCGGAUCUCCGCCGAAUUGUCGCCCCGAGUGCUCCAUUAACGCGGAAUGUCCGAGCAAUCAGGCAUGCAUGAACGAGAAGUGUCGAGACCCUUGUCCGGGAUCGUGUGGCAUCAAUGCCAGGUGUAAUGUGAUCAACCAUACUCCCAUUUGUACAUGCGAGGCAGGAUACACUGGAGAUCCUUUCACAAGUUGUCGACCCAUGCCUCCGCCACCGCCUGAGCCCGUCAAUGAUGAUCCGUGCAAUCCUUCGCCCUGUGGCGCAAAUGCGCAAUGCCAGAACGGUAUUUGCACAUGUUUGCCCGAGUACCAAGGCGAUCCGUACCGAGGCUGCAGGCCAGAGUGCGUAUUGAACUCGGACUGCGCUCGGGAUAGGGCCUGUAUUCGCAGCAAGUGUGUAGAUCCUUGUCCGGGCACUUGCGGUCAAGAUGCACUGUGCGAAGUGAUCAAUCACAUUCCGACGUGCCGAUGUCCGGAUGGAAUGGCCGGAAACGCAUUUGUGCAGUGUCGGCCACAACAAGCUCCGGCUGUGACCAAUCCUUGCAGUCCAUCGCCCUGCGGCCCUAAUAGCCAGUGUCGCGAAAUCAACGGACAAGCCGUGUGCUCCUGUGUCCCAGGAUACAUUGGAAGCCCUCCGACAUGUCGUCCGGAAUGCGUUGUGAGUGCUGAGUGUCCUCAGACUCAAGCGUGUACCAACCAGAAAUGUAGGGACCCAUGUCUAGGAACAUGUGGCGUAGGAGCCCGGUGCUCGGUUGUGAAUCAUAAUCCAAUUUGUAGCUGCCCGGAACGAUACACGGGCGAUCCAUUCGUCCGCUGUCAGCCAAUGAUUGAGCCUCCAGUACAAAUGACCCCAACCAACCCUUGCCAACCUUCCCCUUGUGGACCAAAUGCACAAUGCCGUGCAGUAGGUGAUUCACCGUCUUGUACAUGUAUAGAAGGCAUGAUAGGUGCUCCGCCCAAUUGCCGUCCGGAAUGUGUCAGCAACUCUGAUUGCUCGAACAACUUGGCAUGCAUACGACAAAAGUGUCAAGAUCCAUGUCCAGGCGCCUGUGGAGUCAACGCGGAAUGUAGGGUUGUCAGCCACACACCUAUGUGCAUUUGUGCCGUCGCAUAUACAGGCGAUCCUUUCACACAAUGCGUGCCUUUCCAACAAGAUACGCCCAAAGAUCAAACGACUCCUUGCCUACCCAACCCAUGUGGAGCUAACGCUCAAUGUAGGGAACAAAACGGUGCCGGAUCAUGUACAUGUAUUGAGGAUCACUUUGGAAACCCCUACGAAGGAUGUCGUCCAGAAUGUGUGCUCAACUCGGACUGCCCAUCGAACAGGGCUUGUGUUAGGAAUAAAUGUCAAGAUCCUUGCCCAGGCACUUGUGGUCAGAAUGCUGACUGUCAGGUUGUGAACCAUCUGCCCUCAUGUACCUGUUUCCCUGGCUACGAAGGAGAUCCAUUCCGAUAUUGUAACAUCCAACAAAGAGAACCGGUAAAAGAGUACGUCAAUCCUUGCCAACCGAGUCCCUGUGGUCCCAACAGCCAAUGUCGAGAGGUCAAUGGACAGGCGGUCUGCUCGUGUUUACCCACUUAUGUCGGCUCUCCUCCGGGAUGUCGCCCUGAGUGUGUGGUGAGCUCUGAAUGUUCCUUAGAUAAGGCGUGUGUCAACCAGAAAUGUGUUGAUCCGUGCCCUGGAACAUGCGGAACCAAUGCUAGGUGCAACGUCAAUAAUCACAGUCCCAUUUGCUCAUGCCAAUCGGGAUACACAGGCGAUCCGUUCACGAGAUGUUACCCCAUACCACCUCCGGUACAAGAUACACCAAUCGUUGUGAGGAACCCAUGCGUUCCGUCUCCGUGCGGUCCUAACUCGCAGUGCCGUGAUGUAAACGGCUCUCCUUCAUGUUCAUGCUUGAUCAACUACAUCGGAUCUCCGCCGAAUUGUCGCCCCGAGUGCUCCAUUAACGCGGAAUGUCCGAGCAAUCAGGCAUGCAUGAACGAGAAGUGUCGAGACCCUUGUCCGGGAUCGUGUGGCAUCAAUGCCAGGUGUAAUGUGAUCAACCAUACUCCCAUUUGUACAUGCGAGGCAGGAUACACUGGAGAUCCUUUCACAAGUUGUCGACCCAUGCCUCCGCCACCGCCUGAGCCCGUCAAUGAUGAUCCGUGCAAUCCUUCGCCCUGUGGCGCAAAUGCGCAAUGCCAGAACGGUAUUUGCACAUGUUUGCCCGAGUACCAAGGCGAUCCGUACCGAGGCUGCAGGCCAGAGUGCGUAUUGAACUCGGACUGCGCUCGGGAUAGGGCCUGUAUUCGCAGCAAGUGUGUAGAUCCUUGUCCGGGCACUUGCGGUCAAGAUGCACUGUGCGAAGUGAUCAAUCACAUUCCGAUGUGCCGAUGUCCGGAUGGAAUGGCCGGAAACGCAUUUGUGCAGUGUCGGCCACAACAAGCUCCGGCUGUGACCAAUCCUUGCAGUCCAUCGCCCUGCGGCCCUAAUAGCCAGUGUCGCGAAAUCAACGGACAAGCCGUGUGCUCCUGUGUCCCAGGAUACAUUGGAAGCCCUCCGACAUGUCGUCCGGAAUGCGUUGUGAGUGCUGAGUGUCCUCAGACUCAAGCGUGUACCAACCAGAAAUGUAGGGACCCAUGUCUAGGAACAUGUGGCGUAGGAGCCCGGUGCUCGGUUGUGAAUCAUAAUCCAAUUUGUAGCUGCCCGGAACGAUACACGGGCGAUCCAUUCGUCCGCUGUCAGCCAAUGAUUGAGCCUCCAGUACAAAUGACCCCAACCAACCCUUGCCAACCUUCCCCUUGUGGACCAAAUGCACAAUGCCGUGCAGUAGGUGAUACACCGUCUUGUACAUGUAUAGAAGGCAUGAUAGGUGCUCCGCCCAAUUGCCGUCCGGAAUGUGUCAGCAACUCUGAUUGCUCGAACAACUUGGCAUGCAUACGACAAAAGUGUCAAGAUCCUUGUCCAGGCGCCUGUGGAGCCAACGCGGAAUGUAGGGUUGUCAGCCACACACCUAUGUGCAUUUGUGCCGUCGCAUAUACAGGCGAUCCUUUCACACAAUGCGUGCCUGUCCAACAAGAUACGCCCAAAGAUCAAACGACUCCUUGCCUACCCAACCCAUGUGGAGCUAACGCUCAAUGUAGGGAACAAAACGGUGCCGGAUCAUGUACAUGUAUUGAGGAUCACUUUGGAAACCCCUACGAAGGAUGUCGUCCAGAAUGUGUGCUCAACUCGGACUGCCCAUCGAACAGGGCUUGUGUUAGGAAUAAAUGUCAAGAUCCUUGCCCAGGCACUUGUGGUCAGAAUGCUGACUGCCAGGUUGUGAAUCAUCUGCCCUCAUGUACCUGUUUCCCUGGAUACGAAGGAGAUCCAUUCCGAUAUUGUAACAUCCAACAAAGAGAACCGGUAAAAGAGUACGUCAAUCCUUGCCAACCGAGUCCCUGUGGUCCCAACAGCCAAUGUCGAGAGGUCAAUGGACAGGCGGUCUGCUCGUGUCUACCCACUUAUGUCGGUUCUCCUCCGGGAUGUCGCCCUGAGUGUGUGGUGAGCUCUGAAUGUUCCUUAGAUAAGGCGUGUGUCAACCAGAAAUGUGUUGAUCCGUGCCCUGGAACAUGCGGAACCAAUGCUAGAUGCAACGUCAAUAAUCACAGUCCCAUUUGCUCAUGCCAAUCGGGAUACACAGGCGAUCCGUUCACGAGAUGUUACCCCAUACCACCUCCGGUACAAGAUACACCAAUCGUUGUGAGGAACCCAUGCGUUCCGUCUCCGUGCGGUCCUAACUCGCAGUGCCGUGAUGUAAACGGCUCUCCUUCAUGUUCAUGCUUGAUCAACUACAUCGGAUCUCCGCCGAAUUGUCGCCCCGAGUGCUCCAUUAACGCGGAAUGUCCGAGCAAUCAGGCAUGCAUGAACGAGAAGUGUCGAGACCCUUGUCCGGGAUCGUGUGGCAUCAAUGCCAGGUGUAAUGUGAUCAACCAUACUCCCAUUUGUACAUGCGAGGCAGGAUACACUGGAGAUCCUUUCACAAGUUGUCGACCCAUGCCUCCGCCACCGCCUGAGCCCGUCAAUGAUGAUCCGUGCAAUCCUUCGCCCUGUGGCGCAAAUGCGCAAUGCCAGAACGGUAUUUGCACAUGUUUGCCCGAGUACCAAGGCGAUCCGUACCGAGGCUGCAGGCCAGAGUGCGUAUUGAACUCGGACUGCGCUCGGGAUAGGGCCUGUAUUCGCAGCAAGUGUGUAGAUCCAUGUCCGGGCACUUGCGGUCAAGAUGCACUGUGCGAAGUGAUCAAUCACAUUCCGAUGUGCCGAUGUCCGGAUGGAAUGGCCGGAAACGCAUUUGUGCAGUGUCGGCCACAACAAGCUCCGGCUGUGACCAAUCCUUGCAGUCCAUCGCCCUGCGGCCCUAAUAGCCAGUGUCGCGAAAUCAACGGACAAGCCGUGUGCUCCUGUGUCCCAGGAUACAUUGGAAGCCCUCCGACAUGUCGUCCGGAAUGCGUUGUGAGUGCUGAGUGUCCUCAGACUCAAGCGUGUACCAACCAGAAAUGUAGGGACCCAUGUCUAGGAACAUGUGGCGUAGGAGCCCGGUGCUCGGUUGUGAAUCAUAAUCCAAUUUGUAGCUGCCCGGAACGAUACACGGGCGAUCCAUUCGUCCGCUGUCAGCCAAUGAUUGAGCCUCCAGUACAAAUGACCCCAACCAACCCUUGCCAACCUUCCCCUUGUGGACCAAAUGCACAAUGCCGUGCAGUAGGUGAUUCACCGUCUUGUACAUGUAUAGAAGGCAUGAUAGGUGCUCCGCCCAAUUGCCGUCCGGAAUGUGUCAGCAACUCUGAUUGCUCGAACAACUUGGCAUGCAUACGACAAAAGUGUCAAGAUCCUUGUCCAGGCGCCUGUGGAGCCAACGCGGAAUGUAGGGUUGUCAGCCACACACCUAUGUGCAUUUGUGCCGUCGCAUAUACAGGCGAUCCUUUCACACAAUGCGUGCCUGUCCAACAAGAUACGCCCAAAGAUCAAACGACUCCUUGCCUACCCAACCCAUGUGGAGCUAACGCUCAAUGUAGGGAACAAAACGGUGCCGGAUCAUGUACAUGUAUUGAGGAUCACUUUGGAAACCCCUACGAAGGAUGUCGUCCAGAAUGUGUGCUCAACUCGGACUGCCCAUCGAACAGGGCUUGUGUUAGGAAUAAAUGUCAAGAUCCUUGCCCAGGCACUUGUGGUCAGAAUGCUGACUGCCAGGUUGUGAACCAUCUGCCCUCAUGUACCUGUUUCCCUGGCUACGAAGGAGAUCCAUUCCGAUAUUGUAACAUCCAACAAAGAGAACCGGUAAAAGAGUACGUCAAUCCUUGCCAACCGAGUCCCUGUGGUCCCAACAGCCAAUGUCGAGAGGUCAAUGGACAGGCGGUCUGCUCGUGUCUACCCACUUAUGUCGGUUCUCCUCCGGGAUGUCGCCCUGAGUGUGUGGUGAGCUCUGAAUGUUCCUUAGAUAAGGCGUGUGUCAACCAGAAAUGUGUUGAUCCGUGCCCUGGAACAUGCGGAACCAAUGCUAGGUGCAACGUCAAUAAUCACAGUCCCAUUUGCUCAUGCCAAUCGGGAUACACAGGCGAUCCGUUCACGAGAUGUUACCCCAUACCACCUCCGGUACAAGAUACACCAAUCGUUGUGAGGAACCCAUGCGUUCCGUCUCCGUGCGGUCCUAACUCGCAGUGCCGUGAUGUAAACGGCUCUCCUUCAUGUUCAUGCUUGAUCAACUACAUCGGAUCUCCGCCGAAUUGUCGCCCCGAGUGCUCCAUUAACGCGGAAUGUCCGAGCAAUCAGGCAUGCAUGAACGAGAAGUGUCGAGACCCUUGUCCGGGAUCGUGUGGCAUCAAUGCCAGGUGUAAUGUGAUCAACCAUACUCCCAUUUGUACAUGCGAGGCAGGAUACACUGGAGAUCCUUUCACAAGUUGUCGACCCAUGCCUCCGCCACCGCCUGAGCCCGUCAAUGAUGAUCCGUGCAAUCCUUCGCCCUGUGGCGCAAAUGCGCAAUGCCAGAACGGUAUUUGCACAUGUUUGCCCGAGUACCAAGGCGAUCCGUACCGAGGCUGCAGGCCAGAGUGCGUAUUGAACUCGGACUGCGCUCGGGAUAGGGCCUGUAUUCGCAGCAAGUGUGUAGAUCCAUGUCCGGGCACUUGCGGUCAAGAUGCACUGUGCGAAGUGAUCAAUCACAUUCCGAUGUGCCGAUGUCCGGAUGGAAUGGCCGGAAACGCAUUUGUGCAGUGUCGGCCACAACAAGCUCCGGCUGUGACCAAUCGUUGCAGUCCAUCGCCCUGCGGCCCUAAUAGCCAGUGUCGCGAAAUCAACGGACAAGCCGUGUGCUCCUGUGUCCCAGGAUACAUUGGAAGCCCUCCGACAUGUCGUCCGGAAUGCGUUGUGAGUGCUGAGUGUCCUCAGACUCAAGCGUGUACCAACCAGAAAUGUAGGGACCCAUGUCUAGGAACAUGUGGCGUAGGAGCCCGGUGCUCGGUUGUGAAUCAUAAUCCAAUUUGUAGCUGCCCGGAACGAUACACGGGCGAUCCAUUCGUCCGCUGUCAGCCAAUGAUUGAGCCUCCAGUACAAAUGACCCCAACCAACCCUUGCCAACCUUCCCCUUGUGGACCAAAUGCACAAUGCCGUGCAGUAGGUGAUACACCGUCUUGUACAUGUAUAGAAGGCAUGAUAGGUGCUCCGCCCAAUUGCCGUCCGGAAUGUGUCAGCAACUCUGAUUGCUCGAACAACUUGGCAUGCAUACGACAAAAGUGUCAAGAUCCUUGUCCAGGCGCCUGUGGAGCCAACGCGGAAUGUAGGGUUGUCAGCCACACACCUAUGUGCAUUUGUGCCGUCGCAUAUACAGGCGAUCCUUUCACACAAUGCGUGCCUGUCCAACAAGAUACGCCCAAAGAUCAAACGACUCCUUGCCUACCCAACCCAUGUGGAGCUAACGCUCAAUGUAGGGAACAAAACGGUGCCGGAUCAUGUACAUGUAUUGAGGAUCACUUUGGAAACCCCUACGAAGGAUGUCGUCCAGAAUGUGUGCUCAACUCGGACUGCCCAUCGAACAGGGCUUGUGUUAGGAAUAAAUGUCAAGAUCCUUGCCCAGGCACUUGUGGUCAGAAUGCUGACUGCCAGGUUGUGAAUCAUCUGCCCUCAUGUACCUGUUUCCCUGGAUACGAAGGAGAUCCAUUCCGAUAUUGUAACAUCCAACAAAGAGAACCGGUAAAAGAGUACGUCAAUCCUUGCCAACCGAGUCCCUGUGGUCCCAACAGCCAAUGUCGAGAGGUUAAUGGACAGGCGGUCUGCUCGUGUCUACCCACUUAUGUCGGCUCUCCUCCGGGAUGUCGCCCUGAGUGUGUGGUGAGCUCUGAAUGUUCCUUAGAUAAGGCGUGUGUCAACCAGAAAUGUGUUGAUCCGUGCCCUGGAACAUGCGGAACCAAUGCUAGAUGCAACGUCAAUAAUCACAGUCCCAUUUGCUCAUGCCAAUCGGGAUACACAGGCGAUCCGUUCACGAGAUGUUACCCCAUACCACCUCCGGUACAAGAUACACCAAUCGUUGUGAGGAACCCAUGCGUUCCGUCUCCGUGCGGUCCUAACGCGCAGUGCCGUGAUGUAAACGGCUCUCCUUCAUGUUCAUGCUUGAUCAACUACAUCGGAUCUCCGCCGAAUUGUCGCCCCGAGUGCUCCAUUAACGCGGAAUGUCCGAGCAAUCAGGCAUGCAUGAACGAGAAGUGUCGAGACCCUUGUCCGGGAUCGUGUGGCAUCAAUGCCAGGUGUAAUGUGAUCAACCAUACUCCCAUUUGUACAUGCGAGGCAGGAUACACUGGAGAUCCUUUCACAAGUUGUCGACCCAUGCCUCCGCCACCGCCUGAGCCCGUCAAUGAUGAUCCGUGCAAUCCUUCGCCCUGUGGCGCAAAUGCGCAAUGCCAGAACGGUAUUUGCACAUGUUUGCCCGAGUACCAAGGCGAUCCGUACCGAGGCUGCAGGCCAGAGUGCGUAUUGAACUCGGACUGCGCUCGGGAUAGGGCCUGUAUUCGCAGCAAGUGUGUAGAUCCUUGUCCGGGCACUUGCGGUCAAGAUGCACUGUGCGAAGUGAUCAAUCACAUUCCGAUGUGCCGAUGUCCGGAUGGAAUGGCCGGAAACGCAUUUGUGCAGUGUCGGCCACAACAAGCUCCGGCUGUGACCAAUCCUUGCAGUCCAUCGCCCUGCGGCCCUAAUAGCCAGUGUCGCGAAAUCAACGGACAAGCCGUGUGCUCCUGUGUCCCAGGAUACAUUGGAAGCCCUCCGACAUGUCGUCCGGAAUGUGUUGUGAGUGCUGAGUGUCCUCAGACUCAAGCGUGUACCAACCAGAAAUGUAGGGACCCAUGUCUAGGAACAUGUGGCGUAGGAGCCCGGUGCUCGGUUGUGAAUCAUAAUCCAAUUUGUAGCUGCCCGGAACGAUACACGGGCGAUCCAUUCGUCCGCUGUCAGCCAAUGAUUGAGCCUCCAGUACAAAUGACCCCAACCAACCCUUGCCAACCUUCCCCUUGUGGACCAAAUGCACAAUGCCGUGCAGUAGGUGAUACACCGUCUUGUACAUGUAUAGAAGGCAUGAUAGGUGCUCCGCCCAAUUGCCGUCCGGAAUGUGUCAGCAACUCUGAUUGCUCGAACAACUUGGCAUGCAUACGACAAAAGUGUCAAGAUCCUUGUCCAGGCGCCUGUGGAGCCAACGCGGAAUGUAGGGUUGUCAGCCACACACCUAUGUGCAUUUGUGCCGUCGCAUAUACAGGCGAUCCUUUCACACAAUGCGUGCCUGUCCAACAAGAUACGCCCAAAGAUCAAACGACUCCUUGCCUACCCAACCCAUGUGGAGCUAACGCUCAAUGUAGGGAACAAAACGGUGCCGGAUCAUGUACAUGUAUUGAGGAUCACUUUGGAAACCCCUACGAAGGAUGUCGUCCAGAAUGUGUGCUCAACUCGGACUGCCCAUCGAACAGGGCUUGUGUUAGGAAUAAAUGUCAAGAUCCUUGCCCAGGCACUUGUGGUCAGAAUGCUGACUGCCAGGUUGUGAAUCAUCUGCCCUCAUGUACCUGUUUCCCUGGAUACGAAGGAGAUCCAUUCCGAUAUUGUAACAUCCAACAAAGAGAACCGGUAAAAGAGUACGUCAAUCCUUGCCAACCGAGUCCCUGUGGUCCCAACAGCCAAUGUCGAGAGGUCAAUGGACAGGCGGUCUGCUCGUGUCUACCCACUUAUGUCGGUUCUCCUCCGGGAUGUCGCCCUGAGUGUGUGGUGAGCUCUGAAUGUUCCUUAGAUAAGGCGUGUGUCAACCAGAAAUGUGUUGAUCCGUGCCCUGGAACAUGCGGAACCAAUGCUAGAUGCAACGUCAAUAAUCACAGUCCCAUUUGCUCAUGCCAAUCGGGAUACACAGGCGAUCCGUUCACGAGAUGUUACCCCAUACCACCUCCGGUACAAGAUACACCAAUCGUUGUGAGGAACCCAUGCGUUCCGUCUCCGUGCGGUCCUAACUCGCAGUGCCGUGAUGUAAACGGCUCUCCUUCAUGUUCAUGCUUGAUCAACUACAUCGGAUCUCCGCCGAAUUGUCGCCCCGAGUGCUCCAUUAACGCGGAAUGUCCGAGCAAUCAGGCAUGCAUGAACGAGAAGUGUCGAGACCCUUGUCCGGGAUCGUGUGGCAUCAAUGCCAGGUGUAAUGUGAUCAACCAUACUCCCAUUUGUACAUGCGAGGCAGGAUACACUGGAGAUCCUUUCACAAGUUGUCGACCCAUGCCUCCGCCACCGCCUGAGCCCGUCAAUGAUGAUCCGUGCAAUCCUUCGCCCUGUGGCGCAAAUGCGCAAUGCCAGAACGGUAUUUGCACAUGUUUGCCCGAGUACCAAGGCGAUCCGUACCGAGGCUGCAGGCCAGAGUGCGUAUUGAACUCGGACUGCGCUCGGGAUAGGGCCUGUAUUCGCAGCAAGUGUGUAGAUCCUUGUCCGGGCACUUGCGGUCAAGAUGCACUGUGCGAAGUGAUCAAUCACAUUCCGAUGUGCCGAUGUCCGGAUGGAAUGGCCGGAAACGCAUUUGUGCAGUGUCGGCCACAACAAGCUCCGGCUGUGACCAAUCCUUGCAGUCCAUCGCCCUGCGGCCCUAAUAGCCAGUGUCGCGAAAUCAACGGACAAGCCGUGUGCUCCUGUUUAUCAGGCUAUUUUGGAAGCCCUCCAAUGUGUCGACCUGAAUGUACUGGAAGUUCUGAAUGUUUGUUGUCACAAGCCUGCAUCAAUUUCAAGUGUGCAGAUCCUUGCCCUGGUAGCUGUGGAUUUUCGGCUCGCUGUACAACGGUUAACCACAAUCCUAUUUGUACCUGUCCUCCAAAGAUGACCGGAGAUCCAUUUACAAGAUGUUACGAGAUCGCCGAAAAAUCACCUCCUCUAAAUAUACCAGCCGAUCCAUGCCAUCCGUCACCCUGCGGUCCAAAUGCACUCUGUGUCAAUGCAAACGGUGUUCCGUCAUGUAGUUGUCAACCGGAAAUGUUGGGUUCUCCACCAAAUUGCCAACCAGAGUGCACUAGCAAUUCGGACUGUUCCCGUGUUCAGGCAUGCGUAAGGCAAAAAUGUGUCGAUCCUUGUCUGAACGCGUGUGGCACAGAUGCUAGAUGUCACGUCUCAUUGCAUGUACCGAACUGUUUCUGUCCCGACGGUUACGAAGGGGACCCGUUCCGCAUUUGUACAUUAAAAAGUGAGUUAACCACACCGCCACCACAGGCUGAACCGCGAGACCCAUGCUAUCCAUCGCCAUGCGGUAUCAAUGCACGGUGCCGCCCAGCUAACGGCGGAACGGCAGUAUGCGAAUGUAUUGAGAACUAUUUCGGAAAUCCAUACGAAACUUGCCGUCCCGAGUGCGUUGGCAAUGGUGACUGUCAAAAGUCGCUGGCUUGCAUUAACAACCGCUGCAAGGAUCCAUGUCCUGGGGUGUGUGGCAGAAAUGCGGAGUGUUCCGUAGUUAAUCACACACCCGUAUGUUCAUGCCCAGAAGGCAUGAAGGGCAACGCUUUCGAGCAAUGUCUACGCGACGAAGUUCCUCCGCCACCUUCGGAUCCUUGCUAUCCAUCGCCUUGUGGACAAAAUACUGUUUGUCGUGUGUCGAACGGCAAUGCGGUAUGUGAAUGUUUGCCUGAAUUUAGAGGAAGUCCUUUCGGACGGGGUUGCUACCCUGAGUGCGUGAUUAACAGCGACUGUCCACGAGAUAGAACGUGCGUCAACAAGAAGUGCGUCGAUCCGUGUCCCGGCGUGUGUGGUUACAGAGCGGAGUGUCACGCUAUCAACAACAGCCCGGUUUGCUCGUGUCCACGCAACAUGAUCGGUGAUCCAUUUGUUGAAUGCAAGGUUGCACCUCCAAAGGAUCCAUGCAGUCCUUCGCCAUGCCGUACCAACGGCAUAUGUCGCGUGGUUGGUGAUCGUGCCGAAUGUCAGUAUCCGGAGUGUAUUAUCAACUCGGAUUGCUCAACGAACCGCGCCUGUUACAACCAAAGAUGUCAGGAUCCUUGCAUCGGUGCCUGUGGUAUAAAUGCUCUGUGCAGUGUGAUCAAUCACGCGCCCGUGUGUUCCUGCCCGGCACGACAUGCAGGUUCACCGUUCGUUCAGUGCAUGCCACAACGUGACGAACCGCUACAGCCACAGCCGGAAUGUACGAACGACAACCAGUGCACAAACGACAAGGCAUGCAUUAACGAGCAGUGCCAGAAUCCGUGUACGUUAGGCACAGGACUUUGCACGCAGAAUGCCGAAUGCCGCGUACAGUUCCACCGUGCGAUCUGUGCCUGCCGCGAAGGUUACACGGGCAACGCACAGCUAGCGUGCUACGAGAUCGGAUGCCGCAGCAAUAGCGACUGCCCAGUGACUGAAGCAUGCGUUAACAAGAACUGUAUCGAUCCAUGUCGUCACACGCAGUGUGGUCGGAAUGCGUACUGCAAGUCGGACUACAACCACAAUGCACGUUGCCACUGUGUGGACGGGUAUCGAGGAAAUCCAUUGGUCGGUUGUACGCGUCCAGAAUGCACCACCAACGACGAAUGCCCGUACCAUCAAUCAUGCCAAAACGAGCAAUGCCGAGACCCGUGCAACUGUGCGCCAAAUGCCCAGUGUCGAGUGGACAAUCAUCAGGCCAACUGCCGAUGCCCGCCAGGAUACACAGGAGAUCCGCUAUUUUCAUGCGAAAAAAUUCCUGUGCGAGAUCCAGCACAAUGUACGAUGGAUGCGGAUUGCUCCAGCAAGCUUGCCUGCUUCGGAGGUGUAUGCAAGAACCCGUGUGCAGAAACGAAGCCUUGCGCAGAACAUGCAGUAUGUACAGUGCAGGACACCUUACCGCUCCGCACAAUGUACUGCGUGUGCGAGGAGGGAUAUGCGGGUGAUGCUGAAAGACAAUGCUUGCCAGUGUCCAAAGACGAACCCGGAUGCUACAGCGAUGUUGAGUGUGCACCGACCGAAUCUUGUCGAGCGAGAGCGUGUGUUGACGUGUGCAGUAACUACAAUCCCUGCGCACCAACGGCAGAAUGUUUGGCUCAAAGCCACAAGGCCAUCUGUUCCUGCCCCGUCGGUACGGUCGGUGAUCCAUUCCAGAACUGCUACAAGCCGCCAGUGGUGUCGCCGGAAUGCGUCGUCGAUGCCGAUUGCUCAUCCAGUAUGGCCUGCGUUAACGAACGCUGUCAGGAUCCAUGCGCCGGAAGCAACCCUUGCGGUGGCAAUGCUGAAUGUCGCGCUGUCUACCAUCGACCACACUGUACGUGUCCCAUCGGCUGGGGUGGAGAUCCAAAAACACAAUGUUAUAAGCCGGAAUGUAAAACCGAUACAGAAUGUCCAUUCGAUAAGGCUUGCUUCAAUGAAAAAUGUAUCAGCCCAUGUACGUACGGUGCCACCCAGUGUGGACGGGGUGCGAACUGUGUGGCGCAAAGCCACCGUGCCGUGUGCAUCUGUCCACCAGGCACGCAAGGAAACCCGUUCGUAUCGUGCGUCACUGGCAUGUGUCAGUACAAUGAAGAUUGCGCUGAGCACGAAGCUUGCGACCGACUGAAUCGUGUGUGCCGCCCGGUAUGCGACGACGAAACGUGCGCACGUACGGCGACCUGUGUGGCAAAGAACCAUCAGGCGAGCUGCGAGUGCGCGCCCGGAAUGCGGGGCAAUCCGUACGUCGAGUGCAUGCGCGAUGUGCCGGAACCGGAAUGUCGCAUGGACAGUGAAUGUGCCUCACAGCAGGCCUGCAUACGCAACCGUUGCGUCAAUCCCUGUACGGAGCUAACACCCUGCACGAAUCAGCAGGUGUGCAGUGUAAUCGACACUCUGCCACUGCGCACAAUCAUCUGCGCCUGCCAGACGGACAUGUUGAUGGACCGCUCCGGAAGCUGCAAGCCGAUUGUGAUAGACGAAUGCCGUUUGGACAACGAUUGCGCUGAUACGGAGAGAUGCGUGCGUGGUCAAUGCAUUACAGCAUGCAAAGUGGAUCCGUGCGGUAUAAACGCCCAAUGCACGUCUGUCAGUCACCGGGCGCAGUGUACCUGUUCGCCGGGAUACGUCGGAAACGCUCACAUCGAGUGUCUACCGGAACCACGCGUUAUAACACCGAAGGAGUGUGUCGUUGACGAUGACUGUUCCGAUGAUCGAUCGUGCUUCAACGAUCGGUGCGUCAACCCGUGCGUCAACGAUGCUUGCGGACGGGGUGCACUGUGCCGCACGAACCAACACAAGGCGGUGUGCAACUGUCCGGCUGGAUAUACGAUGGAUGCCAAUGGAAACUGUAUACCACCUGCUGGAGAUCUUCCACGGUGUCGAUCGAACUCGGAUUGUACGCGAAGCGAAACGUGCGUGAAUGAAAUCUGUGCCAAUCCAUGCAACUGUGGCCAGAACGCGGAUUGCUUUGUGAAGGAUCACUACCCGGUGUGUAGCUGUCGUCCGGGUUAUUCCGGUAACGCCCAAACGGGUUGCUUCAAACUCGAGUGCCAGAGUGACAACGAUUGCACGAACGACAAACAGUGCACGAACGGGGCGUGUGUCGAUCCCUGCCUGUACCAGAAUCCUUGCGCACUGAACGCGGAAUGUUACGGUGAUCGGCAUCGGGCUGCAUGUCGUUGUUUGCCGGGGCUGGAGGGCAAUCCUUUCGAGCGCUGCAGACGUGUGGAGUGUCACUAUGAUGGUGAAUGUCCGCAAACGCUCGCAUGCCAGCGGGAGCAGUGUGUGGAUCCGUGUGCCAACUCACCGUGCGCCCAGAACGCACAAUGUUUCGUGAUUAACCAUCUGGCGCAGUGCAAGUGUCCCGAGCGGAUGCCGGAAGGUAAUCCAUACUCGUUCUGCCGCCCGCGGGCCGUGGAGCGUGAAGAGUGCCGCGUGGAUGGAGAUUGUCCGAGCCGUCUGGCGUGUAUCGGAAACCGUUGCGUCAAUCCUUGCGAUGAGCUGAAACCGUGUGCUGCGUCGGCACUGUGCACUGUGCAGGACUCCGUCCCAGUGCGGACGAUGGUUUGCGAGUGUCCGGCCAUGCACGUGCCAGAUAGCGCUGGGGAAUGUAAGCGCGUCGUGCUGCAAACACCGGUUGGAGUUUGCACGACGGAUUCCGAAUGUCCGGAACAGGAGGCAUGCAUCAACCGACAGUGCCGUGACCCUUGCAGCUGUGGAACGAAUGCGAUCUGCUCGAUCAAGAACCACCGCGCGGUGUGUUCGUGUGAGGAUGGCUACGAGGGCAAUCCAAAUAUCGCGUGUCGUGCGAUUGGUUGCCGCGUCGAUUCGGAGUGCGAAACGAGCAAGGCGUGCGUUAACGGAAACUGCGUCAACCCCUGUCUCGACCAUGACCCGUGCGGUAUUGGAGCCGAAUGCUUCGGACGUGCGAAUCGCGCUGAAUGUCGCUGCCUGAGCGGUUACCGAGGCAAUCCGUUGGUGCAGUGCAAUGUGGUUGAGUGCCGUAGCAACAACGACUGUCCGGACGACAAGCAGUGUCGCAACUCGCAAUGCGUCAAUCCAUGCAUCUACGAGAACUCGUGCUCGGCACGAGCGGAAUGUCGGGCGCAAAAUCAUCUGGUCGUCUGUCGUUGCCCGGUCGGGCUGGUGGGUAAUCCUUACGUGGAUUGCCGGCCGGAAAUCGUCCCGGAAUGCCAGUACGAUACGGACUGUCCGUCACAUUUGGCCUGCAUUGACAACAAGUGCACGGAGCCUUGCAAUGCGCUGACACCGUGUAAUCAACCGGCCCGUUGCGAGGUGGUACCUUCUUCGCCGGUCCGCACGAUGUUGUGUACCUGUCCAGAUGGGUACGUCAGCAGUGGUAGCGGCACCUGCAAACCAGUGGUGAAGGCAGGCUGCAUAUCCGACUCGGAUUGUUCUAGUGAUACAGCGUGCAUCAACAGUAUCUGUCGCGAUCCGUGCAACUGUGGACCGAACGCGGAGUGCCGCGUCAAGGACCACAAGCCGGUCUGCUCCUGUGCACAGGGCUAUGACGGUGAUCCAGAGACGCAGUGUAUCAAGAUUGAGUGUCGAUCGGAUAGCGAUUGUUCAGGACAGCACACGUGCUACAACCGUCAGUGCGUGCCGGCAUGCUCGAUGGAAAGCUGUGGUACGCAGGCUGAAUGCAUAGGCGUUAACCAUCGUGCCGUAUGCGAGUGUGUGCCGGGUUACGAGGGCAAUCCGAAAGUGGCCUGCAAGCUGAUCGGCUGCCGGCGCGAUUCCGAGUGUCCACUGGACAAGGCAUGCAUCAAUGGAAAAUGCGAGAAUCCGUGCGAACUGCAGGCAGUAUGUGCACAGAACGAGCAGUGCCAGGUGUACCAACACCGGCCCGAAUGUGCCUGUCCACCACCGUUCGAGACCGAUCCAUUGCAAGGAUGUGUGCUGCGUGACGAUCGUUGCAUGACGGACGGCGAAUGUCCAUCGCAGACGGCCUGCAUACAGGGCGAAUGUGUCAACCCGUGCAACGUGACGGAACCGUGUGGUGUGAACUCGAUCUGCAAGGUAUUGGAUACGUUGCCAGUGCGCACCAUGAUAUGCGAAUGUCUCCCCGGAUAUCAAGGCAAUGCAGCGAUACAAUGCGACAAAAUGGCGUUAUGUCCAACGGAUCGUGGAUUCGUGCGUAACUCGAACGGGGAAUGUGUCUGCCCACCAGGGUACGGGCUGUCACUGUACGACGAUUGCCAACCAUGCCGGGAAGAGGAUGGACUCAAAGUGGACGAGACGGGACGCUGCGUUUGUGCACUCGAACGUGGUCUGAUCAUCGACGAGCGUGGUCGCUGUAUUUGCCCAAUCGAGUAUGGCUACCGGUUGACCAGCCGCGGUGAGUGUGUUCGCAGUGAGAAGCCGGAAUGCGAACGGGAUGAGCACUGUGCCGAAUGGCGAUACUGUAAUCUUGAUUCGAAGACAUGCGAUGAUCCAUGCCAGAGGAAAGUAUGUGGCACCAACGCACUGUGCAAUGCGACGAACCACCAGGCGGUGUGCCAGUGCAUUACGGGAUACACUGGAAAUCCAGAGGAACAUUGCAAUCAAACGACAAACUUCAGGACGGACUUCCCACAGCCAGAAAUGGUAGUAACGUGCCAGGCUGACGGUGUUCAGGUCGUUAUCGAUCUAGCAGAAUCGAACUUCAACGGGGUGCUGUACGUGAAAGGUCACAGCAAGGACGAAGAAUGUCGCCGAGUAGUGAAUUUGGCCGGUGACACAUCGUCAGCUCGCACCCAAAUAUUCAAGGUACACUUCGGCAGUUGCGGUCUGAUACACGUGAACGGUAUCGCCAGCUUUGUGCUGGUAAUUCAGAAGCACCCGAAACUAGUGACGUACAAGGCCCAGGCGUACCACAUCAAGUGUGUAUACCAAACGGGCGAACAGAACGUCACGCUUGGGUUCAACGUGCAGAUGCUGACGACGGCCGGAACGAUCGCGAACACCGGACCGCCGCCAACCUGCGCCAUGCGCAUAGUGGCGUUCAACGGUGAGGAAAUCAAUUCGGCCGAAAUCGGAGACAACUUGCGACUGCAGGUGGAAGUACAACCAGCAACUAUCUAUGGUGGAUUUGCUCGCAGUUGCGUUGCCAAAACCAUGGAGGAAAGUGUCGAGAACGAAUACAUCGUCACGGAUGAAGACGGUUGCGCUACCGAUCCGUCUAUAUUUGGCGAUUGGGAGUACAACGCGGAAACAAACAGCCUGCUGGCGAGCUUUAACGCGUUCAAGUUCCCUUCGAGCGACAACAUCCGCUUCCAGUGCAACAUUCGGGUCUGUUUCGGCAAAUGCCAACCGGUCAAUUGCCAUGGAGCGAAUGCGUACGGUAAACGGCGUCGGCGUCUGGUGUACAACCGGACUCGGCGUGCCGCAGACGAGACCGCCCUGGCUACGGAUGAUUCGCUUGGCGUCGAAGGCACGCUGCGAGAGGAAAUUACGAUUCAAUCGAAUGCGAUAUUGACGCUAGAGAAGCGUGAAGAACGAUCGUUUGACUCAAACAACAUCACACCGGCGGCACAGCGAGUGGAGGACAUUUGUGUCUCGAUGAUUGGACUUAUCCUGGCGCUGGUUAUUACGGCUCUGCUAGCCUUGGUGGCCGUUGCAGUUGCCGUGUCGUGCUGGCUGAUGGCCUAUCGCAGAAGACCAACCAUAACAGGACCAUUGCCACAUCCACCCGAAUUCCCCAACCCACUCUUUGCGCACCACGAACCAUCGGAACCGUCACAUCAUGAUUUCAUGGGAUAAAAUAGUAAUAAUUACGAGCGAAAGUGUAGACGAAAGCUACGAAACACAAACACAAAUAUCGAAUUAUGACUAACCGAAACGAAAAGAAACACAAAGAAACUGUAAAGAAUUACUAUAAUACGGCUGCACAUCGAUCACUAAUCCAAGAUUAGGUGUAGUUGUUAACAUUCAUUAAACGAACAGCAAUUGUAGACGAACCUGUUAGAGUUUCCCUCUAUCUCAAACAUUCUCAAACGGCGAGAAGCCACAAGUAAGGGAUGAAUCUGUAAAUAGCAUUAAACUCGAUCGGAAAUAGGGAGCUACAAAACAAAGGAACGAUAGUUGCUCAAAGAGCACCCAGAGCAUGCUCUCUUGCAGUAAGACCAAUCGAAAACCACCCAGCAAGAUUAGUUCGAGAUAAUCGUAAAGCUCAUCUUAUCGAACUCAGAAUCAGUGUCCUUCCUUAGGUUCAUUUAGUUAGCUUAGUUGCAAAUUCUUAUUAGCAUUGUAAAGGACGGAAUGCGAAAGAUCAGGGGCAGUAGAACCAUGAUCGGUCGCAUUCCAGCACAUCCAUACCAUCUCCUCCGUCGAUCGUUACUAGUCCUUUAUUUAUUAAUGUUAAUAUGAAGGUUAAAACGUCACGUGGGGUUAGUUUCCAUAGUCCCAAAAGUUUGCUGAAGUUUACGGUGCGUCUAUCGUCUGCGUCUCGCAGCUGCUAGGCCACCCACCAAGGACAUGCGGCACACUCCGCGCGUAUAAUUGCAUCUGCGCCGUUGUACGAACGAUAGCUUCGUGAGGCCCAUUUCCGUUUUAACUGUAAUUUAUUGAUAUUUUAAAGUAUGCUUUUGAUAUAUACUGAACGAAUGAACGACGAUCGGCGGAGGAUUUGACGACGGCAUGUUAGGAAAGUAUGAAAUAAUAAUUUGUUUUUUUUUUUGUCAAUGUUUUUUUUACAUUUGAACCACUUGGAAUGUAGUGUUGUAAUAUAGUUUUUGUGGCUACGGGCGUUAUAGAAAAGGCGCAUUGGAGCGUUGAUGAGACGGCGACAUACUGCUGCGAAAAGUGAUGUUAACACACUUGACGAUAAACUCUUGUUCUAGAUAUAUGAUAUUUAAAAAAAAAAACAACUUUCCGCCUAACAACACUCACUACCUUUUACUGCCAUAGAUGGGUUUCACCGUGGAAAAGGACGCAUAUUCUUCC